GCUUCCUCGCCCUCGGGCUCCACCUCUGCCCGGAGCCGCCCGCCGCGCGAGAGGAGCUGGGCUGAGGCAGCUCCGCCGACCGCCUGCGGGCCUCCUUCCUUCGGCGGGUCGGGGAGCCCCUUCUCCUUCCUUCCCCUCAGCCUCGGGGCCACAAGCGGCGGCCAAAUGGCGCUCAGCGACCUCUACACGCAGGUAAAGGGGGGCGAGAAAAGCGGGAGGAAUCGCGGCCGAGGCAGGUGCCGCUCCAAGCCCGCCCUCCGCUGGGGGGCGCGAAGGGGAUUUCUUGUAAUGGCCGCCAAGCUUGGCGGGUUGGUUGGCUGCAAAGCCCCCGAGCGCCCCGCAGAAAGUAUCUUCCUGGGAACUGUAGUUUGCCCCUUCGAGGGAGCGACGGUUCCCACGAGACCCUUAGCAAACGGCAGUUCUCUACCCUCUUUCCCCGUCGCCAUAUGGAGGGGAGGGAAAGGCAGAAGAAGAAGCCCGGCAGCCGCCUCUGCCCGUAUUGUGUGGGAAAGGAAUGCGGGUCACGGGUCAGCCGGGGACGAGGGAAUCCUGUUGUCUCGGUUUUCCCCGAGGAGAUGGGGGGGGAGAGAGAAAUCUGGUGCGGCUGAAGGGAGGGAGGCGGGAAAGGUAAAAGUAAUCGUUGGCUGAAGAAGUCGGGCGGAAGGAGGAAGGGUUUCUCUCUCUCGCUCUUCCUCACACACGCAAAGGCGCGCACCGCGAUCCUAAAAGCCAUCCAGAGUUAUUGAACUACGGCGCGGUGGCGCAGCAGAAGCAAACCCCAGACGGAAGGACCCCUGACGUGGUUGGAUGGCUGCAAUCCUGCGCGCGGUUUACUUGGGACUCUGCGCGCAGUUGUGCUUGACGGCGCUGUAUCUGCGCGGGUACUUGCGCGGAUGCGGGGAAGGGCCGCUGAACUUAAGGGGAUUGACUGCUGAGUAGCAUGGAUGUAGCUAAGGGGGGACAGGAGGCAGCUGUCCACCCCAAAUCAAUACAAAUCAAUACGAAUCUGAGGUCGUGUCCCCCACCCACUAACAAAAACCCUAGGGAUAGUGAAUGACGAAGGCUGCAAACUCAACUCUACAGUGGUACCUCAGGUUAAGAACUUAAUUCGUUCCGGAGGUCUGUUCUUAACCUGAAACUGUUCUUAACCUGAAGCAUCACUUUAGCUAAUGGGGCCUCCUGCUGCUGCUGCGCCACUGGAGCACAAUUUCUGUUUUCAACCUGAAGCAAAGUUCUUAACCCAAGGUAAUAUUUCUGGGUCUGUAACCUGAAGCGUAUGUAAUCUGAAGCGUAUGUAACCCGAGGUACCACUGUACUGGCAAGGAGGAAUGGAUUAUGGAUCGGUUGGCUGGAUUGGUUUUACUUUUAUGCCGCUUUCCCGCAACUGACCUGUGCCCUAAGCGGCAUAUUGCAAGCUUCCAAAAUGUUAAAACAGCGAACAUCGGGAAUACAAAUAGGCAAAAUACAAAGCAUGUCCAGUAAAUUGAAAGUGGGACUGUGAGUGGGAGAGCAGUGGGAGUAAAUAAGGUGUCUAUAAUAUUUGCUUCACUUGUGCACUGAGUGACUGAAGACUUCCUUGGUUUAAUGGUAAACCAUAAUUUUACGUUUUGUCCAAGUUUAGAGACAGAAGCUUCUAAUAUCUUUUUGUGUGUGGCGUGCAUGAGCUCAAGGAACCUCAUGCUUGUAAGGUUAACCGUGGUGUCUAAAAUGUAGCCGGUCCAAGAUGUUUUGCUGCCUGACACAGAACGUCAAAUGCUCCAUUCAUCAGAUGCAUAGUACCCAAAACUAGUCACUUUAUUUUGGUGCCUGAGGCAGAAAACACCACACACACACCUCCCUAUGAGUAAAAAUGCAAAAAUAAAAAACUUAACAAUGUUCUGCUCUUUCAUGGUGCUCCUGAACAUCAUGAAAUCCCUAAUAGUAGGGCGAGCCCUGGGAAGAGUAGGUGGAAUAAAAGAAACCUAACCCUUUCUGCGCCCACUGAUAAAACUGAGCAAAUCCUGCCCUUCCCAGCCUGUUUUCUUUCAGCUGGGUAUUCCUUCAGUUUCAGAGACUUAACUGGUGGGAAAAACAAAAAAAAUGGCUAUGUCUUCUAUUCCACAUGGUUGCGGGUGGAGAGACACUUCUUAUGGGCACUGGACCUGCUUGUUUACUUUCUCACAGAUAUGCAGUGUUCUCCGGUUUCUCUUGCAACCAUGCUUUUAUUAUGUGCCAGUGCAGGUCCAAAUCUAGAUUUUUUUUUAUUCAUGUGUUUUCAUUAUUUUUCCUGAGUGGCUCAAGAAAAUUCUCCAGCAUAGGAAGGAGGAGGUUGGGUGUAACUCAACAGGAAAGUAAACUCCAUGUUUACUUGUAAGGCAGGGUUCAGUGGCAUGUAGAUAGAUGGCUCAUUACAUUUACCAAUGGAGGUACCUGGAAUAGACUUUUUAAUGAUUAGAUCUAGUUAGAAUCUUUAGAUAUAAGAAUCAUGUGACAAAAUGUGUAUGUGUACAUAUUUAACAUGCAGGGGACACACGCACACACACUCUUAGUUUGAUUGCCCCACUCCAGCAGAGGCUUCUUUUUUUGGGGGGGGGAGAGAUAAUUCUUGCUUAUUUCAGUGUUGGCCACAGGUAAGCAGCAACAUUUUUGGCUGGCAUAGCGCUGAGAUGCUUAUGGAAUUUGAUCUUAGCAAAUUCCUAUACAGAAUGCCUUGCUCUACACCUCUUAGACCUCUAAUUAGGCCUGCCAGACCUCCGCUUUUGGCUUGUGAGACCAUUUUGACCCAGCCACACCCACCUGCCCUACAUCUGAUGGCUCAGCCAAAAGUGGGGCUAAACAUACCCCAACUCCCUCAACUGUUUCUCAUAAGACUUGGUUUCCAGAUCCUUGAUCAUCUUGGUCGCCCUCCUCUGCACCUGUUCCAGUUUGUCAAUAUCCUUUUUAAAUUGUGGCAUCCAGAACUGGACUCAAUAUUUUAGGUGUGGUCUGACCAAGGCAGAAUAGAGCAGUACUAUUACUUCCCUUGAAUUCCCCGUAUAAGAAGUCAUGUUUCCCAAAACAAUGAAUCUGAGCCUGCAAUUCGGUUUUAGCAGCUGAAUAAGUAGAGAUAUUUGAACUUAACAGAUUUAUUUCUUGCCCUGGAAAUUGCAGCAACUGCGUUCACAAAUUUAGAAAUAAACUGCUGUAAGUUUCUCUGCGCCUGGUCUAAGCAAGCUACAUCUUCCAGUGACUUUAACAGAAGACCAGAAGAUGUGUAACUCUCUUGUGUCUAAAUAAAUUGGAUUUGAAGUGCUCAGCUUUGACUAGAUCAUGCCCAUAGUUAGUAGUAGAAAAACAACAUUCUCUGAACUCCUUGCAAAAGGGCCAUACCAUUUUUGCACCUUUCUAACCUUUGCAGCUUUGGAAGAUAUUUCCCUUUAGAAGCAAGGUUACUGAUGUAUUGACGUUUGAGUUUGGCUUUUUAUGGGGAUGGGGAUAUGCUAUAUCUGAAUUGUUUGCUUGCAUAUUUUAUUAUAUGGUGAUGAUAAUAUAAAAAAAAACUCAAUAAAACUGUUGGUAGCCAAAAAAAGAAAAAGAAAGAAAGAAGUGCUGCUUAUUAAAGUGAAUUGUUUUUGUUUUAUUAUUACAGUAUAACAGAGUUUGGAUUCCUGAUCCUGAAGAAGUCUGGCAGUCUGCUGAAAUCACAAGAAACUAUAAAAAUGGAGAAGACCUACUUCAUCUGCAACUAGAAGAUGGCACGGUGAGCGAAAUAGGUUAUGUUAUUAGCAGUACUGUGGUGUACGAUACUUGCAUGCAUGUUGACACAUAAACAAUGACCUGCUGGAUUUUUCAUCUGAUCUCGCUUUGUGUCUGAUAGCCUCACCUUGGUUUUUACUCACAUGCUAAGCUGGUGUCUGGGCUAUAUUACCAUCUACAGGUGGGACUCGAAAACAGAAGCGGGAGUGGGAAUUGCUUAUUUGUCCCAUGUCCAGAACAGAAAUCAAUCCAGCAAACGUAACCAGCAUAUUCUGCUGUUACUUUCAGCCUGUGAAUAGACCAGGUUUUCCCCCACCCCACUCCCAUUGAAAUGAGUGGAAUAGCUGAAUGGCCACUCAACCCUUCCCAGGUGGGUAGCGAUUGCAGGCCUUGCCUCUGUCCAUCAUCCCCAGCAGCGAAGGCCCGUGUGUUCUGCUGGCUGUUAGGGAAAUUCCCCAGUCGGCAGAAUCAAGGCACAGGGAUUCCCCACCCAGGCGCUGGCUUCAAUUGGGCCAAUCAGAGGUCAGCUGGCUGGGCAUUGGCUGCAGUCCAUGUCUGGUCAGCCAGCAGCGCAUAAAAGAGCAAAUUAUGUAAUUAAUUACAGUGGUACCUCAGGUUACAUACGCUUCAGGUUACAGACUCCGCUAACUCAGAAAUAGUGCUUCAGGUAAAGAACUUUGCUUCAGGAUGAGAACAGAAAUCGUGCUUCGGCAGCACGGCAGCAGCAGGAGGCCCCAUUAGCUAAAGUGGUGCUUCAGGUUAAGAACAGUUUCAGGUUAAGUACGGACCUCCGGAACGAAUUAAGUACUUAACCCGAGGUAAAAAGGUAAAGGUAAAGGGACACCUGACCAUUAGGUCCAGUCGUGACCGACUCUGGCGUUGCGGCGCUCAUCUCACUUUAUUGGCCGAGGGAGCCGGCGUACAGCUUCCGGGUCAUGUGGCCAGCAUGACUAAGCUGCUUCUGGCGAACCAGAGCAGCGCACGGAAACGCCGUUUACCUUCCCGCCGGAGUGGUACCUAUUUAUCUACUUGCCCUUUGACGUGCUUUUGAACUGCUAGGUUUAACCCACAGCGUCACCCGAGGUACCACUGUACAUAAAUUACGUAAGUUCCAACAUUUCACCACAGUGCAAGACGCAUUUCACCACAGUGCAAGACAAAUAACAUAGGUUUUGGCAGAAGAUGAACUUCAGUGGACAAGAAGCAUUGCUGCCUGUGAGGAUUACAGGGCAGAACAUAGAAUGAUGCCUGCUUACAUCCUUAGGCUCAUGUAACAUGCUAGCUUUCUACGUCUUCACCUCUCCCAUUUACCAACAGGAAUUGAAAUAUCCAGUUGAUCCCAGAGCUUUACCUCCUUUGCGAAAUCCAGACAUACUUGUCGGUGAAAAUGACCUCACCGCACUUAGCUAUCUUCAUGAGCCUGCCGUCCUACACAAUCUGAAAGUUCGCUUUGUCGAGUCCAAGCUGAUUUAUACCUACAGCGGUAAGCAAACGUUCACGCUCCACAUUUCUCAUAUACAAAGUAUGUGUGAUGCAACUCUUAUUUCUAUGUUGUGUGUUUUUCCCCCUUGCAGGGAUAAUUUUGGUUGCAAUGAACCCCUACAAGCAGCUGCCGAUAUAUGGAGAUGCCAUUAUCCAUGCCUAUAGUGGUCAGAAUAUGGGGGAUAUGGAUCCACAUAUAUUUGCUGUGGCAGAAGAAGCUUACAAGCAAAUGGCAAGGUAGAGUCUGGGGAGUUUAUAGUAUGUUAAACUGUGGCCCUCCAGAAUUUGUUGGACUCCAGCUCUCAUCUUCCUAACCACUGGGCAUGCUAGCCAGGACUGAUGGAAUCCAAUAAUAUCUGGAGGACCACAGGCCAGCCAUCCCUGCUUUAAAACCUCUGAUUAAAGAGAGGCUUCCGGGAUGGCGCCAUCGGCAAUGGCGGACUCCCUCUGAACUGGAGGGACCAGCUUCGUGCGAAACGGGUCUUUUCCGCUACGGCGAAGCGGGGACCCUUUUAGAAAUCACAGGCGGAUGAAGCCUGUGACCAUGGGACUUGGCGGGCACCCUUAGCGCCCCCCCAACCCGCAAAGGAACCCAAUAACGGGCUCCGAAGCGAAGAGGGGGAAGUGGCGCGGUGCUGCGAGUCAACUGCUUUUUCCGUGGAGCGAAGCCACAUAGCCGUUGCUGGAGAGCGCUGCCUUUUUCCUGGGACAAUUUGGCAUCUAAAAUAAUCACCCGUGAGUACAUAAACUUUGAACAAUCGGACUAUAAACAAGGACUGGCGAGCAGAAAGGAAUUGGACUUAAAAAAUUAAUCCAAUUUGGUACUGAAACGGGAAGGUCUAAACAGGAAGUCAGCCUUCCGUUUCUCUGUAGACAGAAUAAAGCAAAGACAACGUAAACUAGAGCUUAGAAAAUUACUUCUAAAGGAUUGGCUUUCAUCAUUUAAAAUUGUUGAACCCCCCUUCGGUAGCAGGAGAAGAAGGGGGAUCUUUUUUUGGACUGUUUAAACCUGCAGAAGUGAGUUCAAAGUAAAGUAACUUUCCUCCGUCCUGAUCCUGGAGCGGGGUGUCAGGACUGACGUUUGAAGCUCAUUGACCAGAGACAAAUGCUUGUGACAGACAGUUAAAAGAAGUGUAAUAUAGUGAUUCCACUGUUUCCUUUCGCAUUUUAAAGGAACAAAUAUUGACAAAAUAUCUCUAAAAAGAAACUUUGUUGCUAUUGUCUUUAAAAAGAAAGAACAAACAGAAGUUUUCCCCCUAGAGGGAGACUGUGAAACUGUAACUAAUUCCAGGGAGCUUGCAGCUGUUACAGAUUACAAUCGUGGGAAAGGACUUGUGACCUUGCAGGACAAUGUUUUCAGAAGCUCUGCUGUGUGCUCUCUGUAAAAUAAAUGCCCUAUUGGAUCAGUUAAAUCAGAAGACGGACUUGAUGACUAAUGCGGCCAGAACUUUUGAACAGGUUGUGGGAAACUAUAUGGAGCCCACCCAGGAACUAAAACAGGAGUGUGCCCUGACAGAACAGAUGAGAGAAGAGGACGUUGCUGAAUCUUGGGCGCCAGAGAUGGAGGAAGCUGCGGCCCUGCAGGAACAUGAGCCUUUGGAUUUGACAAAGGAUCUUGGAAAAAACCAGAUUUGGAAAGAUAAAGUUUGGAUUGGUUUGGAAAUGGGGGGUUGGAUUGACCCCCCCAUGCAGGGAUGUCUGGACUUUCCGAGUCCGGCAAUGGGCCGUCAGAUGUUUGGAGCUGUGGGGGCUCUCAAUUUUGGAGGGAAUCUGAAACAUGUUCUUAAAUAUCACAUGGAGUUUAGUCCGGACUAUGGAAAAGGGGCUGAUUUGUUGAAAAGGGUCAAAAACAUUACCAAGCUGGAGUUCCCACGAGUGAAAGGAAAAUAUGAAGAAGAGCCGCGGAAGGGACAUGGAAGAGACUUGAGGGCCUCGGAUAUAAGGUUACCAGGUUAAUGCGCUACAUCAAUGGGAUAAAAAGGACUGACAAAACCCGGGACCAGGAGGAAGGGACGCUGGAUGAAGAUUGGAUUGUUCUUAUUUCUUUUUUCUAUCGUUAGGAUUGUUUUAUAAAAUUGAUGAAUGUUAGAAAAAUGUUGAAAUGAAAUUACUUGGCUCUAGUAAAAAUGUUUAAAGAAUUAGGUAAGAAUAUUAUGGUUAUGAGAAGUUGGUAAAAAUAAGAUUUAAGCUUUAAGUUUUAAGGUUUUUUAUAAGAUAAGAUGAAAAUAGAUUAAUAGAUUAAUGUAAUGACAGAAUAUUAUGAAUUAUGGAAAGGAUUUGCUGCGAUGAUUAUUAAUUAGGAUACAAGAAAAGGGAGGAGGAGGAGGUCAAAGAAAGAAGGUAAUGAAAGUUGAGAAUUUGAGAAUGAUGGAUUUAUUUUUUCUUUCUUUUUUCUUUUUUCUGUUCUGUCUUUUUUGUAAUUCUAAAUUUUUUUUCAAUAAAUAUCAUUUAAAAAAAUAAAAAUAAAACCUCUGAUAAAAAACCUGUCGCUUCCGUUUGUAAAAUGUUGCUACAUGCCUGUCCCUUUCAAAAACUUUGGACCCAUGUAGGUAAGUUUCUUAGAAAUAAAAUAAUAAUAAUCAAACAAGCGGCUUCAUUGAUUCAUGAGGGAUCCCCUGAAAAACUGUUCAGAGAUUGCUGUGAAUACUCUCGAAGCACCUACAAAGUUCCUGGAGGAAUCAGGUGCCAACAGCGGAAAAUGGCUUCACGCACCAGAUCACAAAGUCGGGAUACCUAAAUAAAGCAGGUCUUACCAUCUGUAGAGACAUACAUGAUUUUUUGACAUUAAAAAAAAUAAUUUUAUUUGAUAAUGCAUUUCCUCCUCACUUUAGGAACAACAAGAAUCAAUCUGUUAUAGUCAGUGGAGAAUCAGGAGCUGGGAAAACAGUUUCGGCUAAAUAUGCUAUGCGAUACUUUGCUACUGUCAGUAGAUCUAGCAGCAACACGCAAGUAGAGGAUAAAGUCCUGGCAUCGAAUCCGAUAACAGAGGUAAAUUAUGGAUGGCUCUGUAAAGGGAUGAAAUCACAUAUUUAUUGAAUCAUCUCAUUCUAACAUACUGAGCACCUGCAGCAGAAAUUAUCAUGUUUGACCUUCUGAUUUUGAAAACCUAUGAAAUAUCUAAAUUAGUCAUAGCUAACAGUUCUUUGGCAUCCCAGAUCUGGUUUUGUUGACUGAACUGCACAUGUUUGCUGUUUAAUCUGCGCAGGUUAUUCUGUUGUCACGCUUGAUUUUCUUAAAUGCCAAAUGUUCACAAAGUUUAUUUCCUAUCUUAGUUGUUGCAGUAAAGCUUCCUCUUGUAGGCAUGGAUAAAUAACAGAUAGGCAAUUCCAUGAUCUACUGUGGAAAAUGGAAAAAACACACCGGACUGGGUGUAAUGAUUGCUGCACCAAAGCAGCAAUCAUAAGAACACAAGAAGAGCCUGCUGGAUCAGACCGACUAAAUGGAGUCAGUGUGGUGUAGUGGUUAGAGUGUUGGACUAGGGCCUGGGAGUUGUUGUUUAGUCGUUUAGUCGUGUCCGACUCUUCGUGACCCCAAGGACCAGAGCACGCCAGGCACUCCUGUCUUCCACUGCCUCCCGCAGUUUGGUCAAACUCAUGCUGGUAGCUUCGAGAACACUGUCCAACCAUCUCGUCCUCUGUCUUCCCCUUCUCCUUGUGCCCUCCAUCUUUCCCAACAUCAGGGUCUUUUCCAGGGAGUCUUCUCAUGAGGUGGCCAAAGUAUUGGAGCCUCAGCUUCAUGAUCUGUCCUUCCAGUGAGCACUCAUGGCUAAUUUCCUUAAGAAUGGAUAGGUUUGAUCUUCUUACAGUCCAUGGGACUCUCAAGAGUCUCCUCCAGCACCAUAAUUCAAAAGCAUCAAUUCUUCGGCGAUCAGCCUUCUUUAUGGUCCUGCUCUCACUUCCAUACAUCACUACUGGGAAAACCAUAGCUUUUACUAUACGGACCUUUGUUGGCAAGGUGAUGUCUCUACUUUUUAAGAUGCUGUCUAGGUUAGGGCCUGGGAGACCAGGGUUCAAAUCCCCACUCAGCUAUGAAGCUCACUGGAUGGUCUUGGGCCAGUCAUUUCCUCUUUGCGUAACCUACCUCACAGGGUUGUUGUGGGGAUUAAGCUUGAUCUCCUUGGAGAAAAAGGCAGGAGAAGAAUGUUCCUGUAUUGGCAAUGCAAGCUAGCAAAAUGGCGCUGGUAAUUGUAGACUCUAACCCAGUAGGUGAGGCACUUGCCUGGCGUAUAUGUGGCGUCCAUAGGAAGUGGUUCUUCAGCUCAUGCUUGUUCACAUGCUUUCCUCCUAUCUCCCACCUUUUACUGCUGGGAGCAGUGAACAAGAAGGUUUAAUCUUGCAGGGACUGGAAUGCAUAGGCAUCCUUCCAUGUCUUAUUCAAAAUGGAUUUUAAAAAAUUAAAUCACUUCUGCCAAACAUCUGAAAUUAAUCCAUUUUUAAUGGAUCUCUUUUGACUCAGUGAGGCCUCUUGACCCUGGUGGGCUGCAGAAGAUGUCAUGAGGAGCAGCCCAAAGCCUCACAUGUGUUUUUGCACCUCCCUACCUGAACAAGACUCUCCCCACCACUGCUCUGCUGCACAUUAUUACUUGGAAAGGGACAAGGUCCUAUUCACAAACCAUUGUGCAACGAGUUUACAACGAGUGUUGUGUUGUGUAACACUAAAAACCACCCUCCAACUAGCAGAAGAGACCUGUUGGAUAUAGUCCAUUGAAAUUAACGGGCUUAAGUUAGUUGUGUACAUUAUUUUCAGCAGUCUGUUCUUCAGUAGGAAUAACAUUGGGCACCAUUAUUACCAGGGAUGCAGGUGGCGCUGUAGUCUAAACCACUGAGCCUCUUGGGCUUGCCGAUCAGAAGGUCGGUGGUUCGAAUCCCCACAAUGGGGUGAGCUCCUGUUGUUCUGUCCCAGCUCCUGUCAACCUAGCAGUUCGAAAGCACUUGUACGUUAUUUUCAGCAGGACUGUUCUUCAGUAGGAAUAACAUUGGGCACCAUUAUAAAGCAUCCAGCUCACACAUACAUAAAUUCUGACCAAGUCUGAAAACAAUUCCCCAAAUCACUGUGUUGUAAAUUUUUCAUUUAUUUAUAAGAGCAUUUAUAAGCGGCCAACUUAUAAAAUCGGUAACGUGCUAACAAAUAGAUGUAUGUGCAUUGAAAUGAUUCUCCAUUUCAUAGGCUGUCGGUAAUGCUAAAACCACACGCAACGACAACAGCAGCCGCUUUGGAAAAUACACAGAAAUCAGUUUUGAUAGGAGGUACCAGAUCAUUGGUGCAAAUAUGAGAACAUACCUGCUUGAGAAAUCCAGAGUUGUCUUCCAGGUUAGUAAAAUUUGCCAGUGGAAUUGCAUUAUAUCUUUGCUAACAGAUUGCCAUCAAGGCAAGAUGGAUUCUGUUGUGGGCUAAGAAAGAUCCAGCUGCUCAGCCCCAUUUUUUUUUUAUCUCUGAGGGUCUUGGUGGGAGCUGUUGCCUGGCAUGACACCGAGGAAUACAAGGAUGAGGGCUGGACAUGCUUCUUAAAUAAUCCUGAUUCUAUAUGGGCAUAAUGUGCAGUUCCUGUUCCUGCAAUAGUUUUAAGUGUCAUUUUAUUUUGUAAAUCGCUUGGAGAGUCACUCACAGUUAUAAAGCAGGAUAUAAGUACUCUAAAUAAAUAAUGAAUAAAAUACAGAUAAUGGGUUGUAUCCAAUGCUAGAUCUAUUAAGAGAAAACUUGAAAUUAAUGAACCUAAAGAUGGUCACAUUCAUUAAUGUUAAUGGGUCUUCUCUGAACAGGACUGACGUUGAAUGCAGGCCAAUGCUCCACAUAUUAAUCUUCUCAUUAGUAUGUCCUGUCACUUAGAUCUUUGGGCUGGUAUCCCCAAACUGUCCCAGGUUCUGGAGCAGUGAAUUCCUGUGCUCCUUAAUUGCAGGGUUGUUUCAGGUACAGGGUAAAAGUAAAGCUAACUUUUCAGGUAACUAAACAAGCUAUUUCUGCAAGCUGAUUUCCUAAAAAGGAGGUUUAGAGGAAACUUCUGGGUUUCUGUGAGCAAUUUUUCAAUUAGUGCUUCCUGGAGACAUCAUUAUUAUUACUUGCCAGCUCUUGUCAGUUUUUAACUUGAGGCAAUUAUGAGAGCAACAGUUUUGGCAAGCUGUAUUCAGCAUUGUCUGAUUUGGAGAUGUGCACUCAGUAAUAAGCUAAAACUGCUGCAUUGAAAUUUACAAGUUGCCACCAUCUCUGGGAUUUAAUUUUCCUAGAGCUGUGAUCGACAUGCUACACCCAGUGCCAAUUCUGCAAUCAGUCUCGAGGGCUAGUGAGCUGUGCGGCUUUCUUGAUUCCCAAAAUGAGAGGAAAAACCUUUCUCUGAUAUGACUCACAGAAUCGUAGAAUUGUAGAGUUGGACGGGACCACAAGGGUCAUCUAGUCCAACCCCCUGCAAUGUAGGAAUCUUUGCCCAACAUGGAGUAAUGAAUCCGUGACUCUGAGAUUAAGAGUCACUAUUGUCAUGUUAGUCAAGUGGCCAAGCAGGCCAGAAGCUGUGGCAGGUGCGUCUCCUUCUACAAGAUGAAAAAAUUUUCUUCGUUUCUCGUUUUAUCAUCUUGUUUACUUUCAUUGACAGUCGGAGAAUGAAAGAAAUUACCAUAUAUUUUAUCAGUUAUGUGCAUCAGCUCUGAGACCAGAAUUUGAGCACCUUAAACUGGGUAUGUCUUAUUUCCUAUUUUCAUUGUUGUAUUUUAACACAGUUAUUUAAAAAAACAACAACCAAGCAGUAUAUACAUUUUAUUAAAUAAAUAAAUAAAUAAGUUGAUCUUACUAAAGGACUUUUGUUGCAUCAUUUGGUCACUGAUGGCCUAUUCGUAGAAGUCUCAACUUAAUAUCCAGUCUAUAACGUCACUAUGUUUUGCUUUUCACCUGCAGCAAGCCCCGAAGAAUUUAAUUAUACCAACAUGGGUGGAAACGCUGUGAUUGAAGGAGUGAAUGACUAUGCCAACAUGAUGGAGACUCAGAAGACAUUCACCCUGCUAGGUAGAUAAACUUUGCCUUUGAUAAAGUAGCAAAAUUAUAACGAUGGAAAAUUUAUUGGGAUUACCGUUCUGAGAAUAACUACUGAUUAGAUGUUACAGUAUAACCAUGUUCCUAAUUUACUUCUUGAAAUAUGGCAACCGUAUCAUAGGGCAGAAUUACUUGUACAGUGGUAUCUCGGGUUAAGAACUUAAUUCGUUCCGGUGGUCCAUUCUUAACCUGAAACUGUUCUUAACCUGAAGCACCACUUUAGUUAAGGGGGCCUCCCACUGCCGCUGCGCCACUGCUGCGCAAUUUCUGUUCUCAUCCUGAAGCAAAGUUCUUAACCUGAGGUACUAUUUCUGGGUUAGCGGAGUCUGUAACCUGAAGCGUCUGUAACCCGAGGUACCACUGUAAUAUUAAUGUAGAGAGGGGGACAUUUGCAUGGGAGAAUGGGUGGCUGGGAAAGGGGAGCAUCCCACGUCAACCAAUUCACUCCUGUAAUUCAAGAGUGCUAGCUUUUCUCCUGGCCCUAGGUAAACCUCCCCUCUCCUGCUUGCUAGCUUCUUCCUGGAAAUGCUCUUCUAUGUCCCUGCGUUCACACUGAGAAACACGGUUGCAAAAGGAUUCCAAUUGAUGCUGCCACUCCCUGCUUGACUUGGCAGUAGACCUGACACUUGGCUGAGGAGUGGGAGCCAGAACUGGUGGUUUGAGAAGGAUAUUGAGAGUGUCCUUUGAGAGAGCAAAAGGCAGCACCUGAGAGUGCUUUUUCUGGGCUCUGGUAGGCAGAGGAGGAGGGGUGUGGAGCCACAGCAGAGAUAUUCAGGCAAUGAAAUGCGUACUGUUUAGGAGCCAAGUGGAGAGAUUUGGCAGAAAAGAAAGAGGAGGAAGAGGGAAAUGAGGCAAGUUGGAAAAUGAAUUUGGGCUGCCUCAGCAAGGGCAAUGAGGAGGGGGAACAGGAAGAGUAAUCGGACAGAAGGGUCUGGAGUUGUUAUCUCUAGUGAUAAGCCAGAAAGAGAGAGAAGGAUGCCAAAGAAAGGAGAGGACACUGUACAAGGCAAGUCAGGCGGAGAGCUGUGCAGGAGAGAAAACAUUGUAUAUAAAACUAAUUGUAUAUAAAAUUAGGGACACGGGUGGCGCUGUGGGUUAAACCACAAAGCCUAGGUUUGCUGAUCAGAAGGUCAGCGGUUCGAAUCCCCGCAACGGGGUGAGCUCCCGUUGCUCGGUCCCAGCUCCUGCCAACCUAGCAGUUCGAAAGCACGUCAAAGUGCAAAUAGAUAAAUAGGUACCGCUCUGGCAGGAAGGUAAACGGCGUUUCCAUGCACUGCUCUGGUUCACCAGAAGCGGCUUAGUCAUGCUGGCCACAUGACCCAGAAGCUGUACGCCGGCUCCCUCGGCCAAUAAAGCGAGAUGAGCGCCGCAACCCCAGAGUCGGCUAUGACUGGACCUAAUGGUCAGGGGUCCCUUUACCUUUUCCUAUAUAAAAUUAAUUGUAGAGUCCCUCAAUUAAAGGGGGCAGAAGAACUGUGAGCAAGUUCAGCUCUCUGAGAACAAGAGACCACCAGGAGUUCUGAAGACUCCUGGGACCAGAGGCAGAGAGAGAGCUGACUCUUAGUUUGGGUGGUAUAAUAAACAGAUGAUUUCACCCUGAUAUAACUAGUUCUGAAUAAUACAGGACUUCAGCAUGGCCCUAUGCUAACACGCAAUGAGUGAAAGGGAGAGUCGCUUCUAAUUUGUGUACUGUAACUUGCAACACCUAAUGCCUGCAUUUCUUCCUGUUCUUGGCUGUGUAAUGUUGAAUCGAGAUUUAUUUGUUUUCCUUUUAGGUUUGAAGGAAGAUUUCCAGAUGGACGUUUUUAAAAUAUUGGCAGCCAUUCUGCACUUAGGCAAUGUGCAAAUAGCUCCUGUUGGUGAUGAAAGAUCUUCUGUUAGUGUAAGAAUUGCCAGCAAAAUAUUUUGGGACUUAUUUUCCCUUGGUGAACAAUGGAAGAAGCCCUUGCCAUGUUUUCCCAUUUAGCUAGGGCACACGCGUAAUCAUGCUGCACUUUAGUCUUGCUGCUCAUUUCCUUCUUUGAGGAUGCAACCCUCAAAGCCAAUCGAGUUACAGUGGUGCCCCGCAAGACGAAUGCCUCGCAAGACGGAAAACUCGCUAGACGAAAGAGUUUUCCGUUUUGGAGGUGCUUCGCAAAACGAAUCUCCUAUGGGCUUGCUUCGCAAGACGAAAAUGUCUUGCGAGUUCCUGCGGGUUUUUUUCCCUUUCCCCCCCUUUUUCUAAGCCGCUUAUCCGCUAAGCCGAUAAGCCGCUAAAAGCCGCUAAUAGCACUAAUACCGCUAAUCCGCUAAUCCGUCAAUGGGCUUGCUUCGCAAGACGAAAAAACCGCUAGACUAAGAGACUCACAGAACGGAUUCUUUUCGUCUUGCGAGGCACCACUGUACCAUAUUUUUCGCUCUAUAGGACGCACCAGAUGAUAGUUGGGGGGGAGGAAAUAAGGGGGGGAAAUUUCUGAAUCCCAGAAGCCAGAACAGCAAGAGGGAUCUGGCUUCUGGGAUAGCCUCUUGCUGUUCUGGCUUCUGGGAUAGCCGCUGGGAUAGCUGGUCUAGCUUUGCGCGAAGCCUCAGCAGGGCACGGGGAGCCUUCAUCCCCGUGCCCUGCGGAGGCUUCUGGGACAGCCCGCGAAGCCUCCGGAGGGCAGCGGGAUGAAGGCACCCCUCUGCCCUGCGGAGGCUUUCCGCCGCUAACCCCGAGGCUAGAACAGCGAUACGGAGCGCUGCGCAGCGCUCCGUCUCGCUGUUCUGGCUUCUGGGGCAGCCCGUGCAGCCUCCGCAGGGCAGUGGGGUGCCUUCAUCCCGCUGCCCUGCGGAAGCUUUGCACAGCUAAGCCAGAAGCUAGAAUAGUGAGACGGAGCGCUGCGUAGCACUCCCUCUCCCUGUUCUGGCUUCUGGCUUAGCCGCGCAGCCUGCAUUCACUCCAUAAGACACACACACAUUCUCCCUUACUUUUUAGAAGGGAAAAAGUGCGUCAUAGAGCGAAAAAUACAGUACUAUUUACUAAAUGCAUUUGUAUCUUGCCCUGCGUUCACGCAGUUUGCUUCAUAGCUCAGUUAGGUUUUGGACCUAGGUUCUUCAUAGCCAAAGUCAACACUUCAGUGUCCCUUACACCACACUGCUUUGUGUUGUGUAGUGCAUUGGCUUUCCUGGUUUGCCAUACAAGAAGGCACUGCACUUUCAGUUCUGUGCUGCAAGCCUUGUGUUAAAGUUCUUCUUGUUCAUGCAUCCUCUGUGUGCCCUCCUUUUCAUGAUCCUUUUCAGUUUCUCAGUGGGGAGCAAAUUGCCCCCUUAAAGAUGCUUUCAGGUCGAGCCUUGCAUGCUACGGGGAUGAGUUCUGGCACCGGAAAUAGCAUAUGGAACUGAAUGAUUUCCAGGUGUCAAAUCUAGUAAACCCUGGGAUCUCUUGACAUUGCAGUGGAUUGCGAAAUGGGUCUCUUCUUGGGUUCUGCUCCUGCUUCUGUCAGGGACUGAAACAAAUAAUGUAGUUUAAAAUCUGGUCUUUUAAAAUAUGUGUUGGAAUGUCUUGAUACAGAUGCGUGGAAAUUUGUAGCUACCGUAUGUUGCUGGCAAAUGUAAAACUUCAUGUGAAUGAGGAAACUUUAGGUUCCCCACCUGCCUACAUUGAUGGCAGUGUGUCACAAAGAAUGGAGAGAUGAUACAUACUCUUGUCAAAUUCCCGUACCACCUUUGUAGUGUUUAUUUUUAAAUAAAUUUUAUUUUUGCAUUUUCUAUUUUACAUAAAUGGAUGAAUUAAAAACAAACAUAUAAUCCCUUCUGACUUCCCUUCACCCCCCAUUGUGGAUAUUAAUGUAAUGAUUUCCCCCUCUGCAUCACUAUCAUAACUCUAUAUUUAUAAAAUCUUUGUCAAUCCAUAGUUCAAAUUUGAACUACAAAUUUCUUGUCAAUCCUAGCAAUGUAUGUAGUUGUUUACAAUAGCUUUUCAAAUAAAUUGUAAACUUUCCCCAUUUUUUAUUAAAGACCUCCUCUUCCUAGUUUAUAAUUCUUCCUGUAAACCACCUUUGUAAUGUUUAGUUUAAUUUAUUACAUAUGCUGAUAACAUUGUAAUGUGCACUUCUCUAACCAUGUCUGUGGGUGUAUUAUAUUACCCCUCAUUAAAAUAACACUAGGUUCUAGACUUAAUAAAAUGUGAGGAUUUAGGCCAGGCAUAGGUAAACUCCGGCCCUUCAGAUGUUUGGGACUACAAUUCCCAUCACCCCUGACCACUGGUCCUGUUAGCUAGGGAUGAUGGGAAUUGUAGUCCCAAACAUCUGGAGGGCUGGAGCUUGCCUAUGCCCGAUUUAGGCAAUGGAGGCUGGUCCAUUAGGGCAAAUGGGGCCCUGACCCACUAACCUCAGCCAAUCCCCAGCUGCCUGUUUUCUUACCUUCAACCAGCCCAGGGUGUGGCACUGCUUGUCCACUUCUUCCGCCUUACUCUCAGUGUUGCCUUUAUAGUAUUUAGCAAGGAGGAGGAUGGGGACCGUACUAGAAUUACAGUGGUGCCCCGCAAGACGAAUGCCUCGCAAGACGGAAAACCCGCUAGACGAAAGGGUUUUCCGUUUUUGAGUUGCUUCGCAGGACGAAUUUCCCUAUGGGCUUGCUUCGCAAGACGAAAAUGUCUUGCGAGUCUUGAGAUUUUUUUUUCGCUUUCCCCCCCCUUUAUCUAAGCCGCUAAGCCUUUAAUAGCCUUUUAGCAGCUAAUCUGCUAAGCCGAUAAGCCUUUAAUAGCCGCUAAACCACUAAUAGCGCUAAUCCGUUAAGCCGCUAAUAGGGUUGCUUCGCAAGACGAAAAAACCGCUAGACGAAGACACUCGCGGAAUGGAUUAAUUUCGUCUUGCGAGGCACCACUGUAGAUGACUCUUCCUGUUAUUGGCUCUGGCUCCACCUAGUGUUGGCCUCCGUGUCUUCUGCCCUACCAGAUCUCAUUAGGCACCAGCAACCACUGGGUUUAGAUAUCUGAUGUGGAAAUUUCAUUGCUUGCCUGUCCUCCUCCUCACCCCCCCUUAGCUUGGAUGUUGUCAUAUGACUAUUAUUAAAGUAUGCAACAUUCUGAAGCAUGACUGUUGAUUAAUGAUUUCUUUCUUCUUUUUCAAAGCUGGAUGACAAACAUCUCCACAUAUUCUGUGACCUACUGGAUUUAGAAAGCGACAAAGUGGCACGGUGGCUGUGCCACAGAAAAAUCGUCACCACCUCUGAAACUGUAGUGAAACCCAUGACAAAACUCCAAGCCCUUAAUGCCCGUGAUGCUUUGGCAAAAAAGAUUUAUGCCCACCUUUUUGAUUUCAUCGUGGAACGAAUUAACAAGGCACUGGAGUUUUCUGGCAAACAGCACACUUUUAUUGGUGUUUUGGACAUCUAUGGGUAAGAUGUUUAUUUCUGAGAGAGAGCGAAAACUGCACGUUUAUUUAAUACAGUGGUACCUUGGGUUAAGUACUUAAUUCGUCCCGGAGGCCGUUCUUAACCUGAAACUGUUCUUAACCUGAAGCACCACUUUAGCUAAUGGGGCCUCCUGCUGCUGCCGCACCGCCAGAGCAUGAUUUCUGUUCUCACCCUGAAGCAAAGUUCUUAACCUGAAGCACUAUUUCUGAGUUAGCGGAGUCUGUAACCUGAAGCGUUUGUAACCUGAAACGUAUGUAACCCGAGGUACCACUGUACUCUGUCUUAUUUCAGCAAAUGAUUGGAAACAAUCUCUUGUAGAAUGGAGGAAUGAGAUGCUAGAAUACUUUGCUGGGAGGACUUAUUGAUAACUGAAGUUCUUUAGGCAGUAUAUAAUUAAAAUAGGCAAUGGUGCACGAUUUGCUAGCAAAAGUUCAGAAAAGUUUCUCCCGUAGUUCUCCAAUGCUCAAACUGCCACCUGAAUCUACUGGCAUGGAAGCAGCAGAUAUUAGUCCCUCACAGGCCAAGGCUUCAUCAAAUAAAGAUUAAUAAUUACAUUUCCAACCAUUUAUUUCAGAUUUGAAACUUUUGAUAUCAACAGCUUUGAACAAUUUUGCAUCAAUUAUGCCAACGAAAAGCUGCAGCAGCAAUUUAACCUGGUAUGAUAUAUCUUACGGAUAUUAGUAAUUGGAAUUCUUAAAAAACAACCUGUUUACUUUGUGAGUAACUUCUAGGAACUUGAAAAUUUUGAAAUUCUAUUUCAGUCAUGUGUUAUCUUCUUAUAUCUAACAUGCAACAUCUCAAAUAAACAUGUAGCAUGUUUUCUGUUUCUGAACAGCUGUCAUUAUAGCGCAAGGUGGCCCAGCAUGGUGCUCUUGAACUAAUAGGCAGUUUCUACCUAAAUAAUCUCAGUGCAUCUUUUCUAAGGGUUAUUGUCUACAAGAAAGAAACUUCCAACCAGUAUGCGCUAGAUUGGCUCAUGCUGCCAUGGCAAUUGAUUUCUUAUUUGCAUACUGUAUUAGCCUUAUGAAGUAUUUUUUUUUCAUUUGUUUUACUUCUAAAAAAACUCUGUCUUUCUUGAAGAUAACUUGGUAGCUCCUUCAACACAGGUAUUAUAUGUUGUCAAUAGCCAAUGCCUGAUAACAACCUGUCUGCAGAGUUCUGCACCAGCUUCAGCUUCUGAACCAAACAUGUUACAUAGAGUCCAUCCUCAAGUUUGCCUUUGCUGCCCUGAUUUUGUUGUGACUGUAUCUGACAAUGUCAUUAUUAGCAUGUCUUUAAACUUGAACAAGAAGAAUACAUGAAAGAAAAUAUCCCAUGGACGCUCAUUGACUUUUAUGACAACCAACCAGUCAUUGAUCUUAUUGAAGCUAAAAUGGGCAUUUUAGAGCUUCUGGAUGAAGAGUGCCUGGUAAGUUUUUAUUGUGUUUUUAUUUUGCUGUUCUCAGUAUAGUUGCUGUAGACCUACAUCUUUGCUUUAUUUUCUUCUUUUCUCCUCUUUACGCAACAUUUAUGCAGCCAUGUCGGCAAGACGUCUCAUUAAUGUAAGAAAGAGCUCAAAUAUUUCUUUUUAAUAAGUCUCUUUAUACUUGUGCUGGCAUACUCUCAAGUAAAAGGCAUACCCUCCAACAUUUCUCUGAUGAAAAUGUUGUUGUUGUUGUUUAGUCGUUUAGUCGUGUCCGACUCUUCGUGACCCCAUGGACCAGAAAUAGGGAUGCCCUAUUCCAUCCUCCUCAUCAUCAUAAUUUUAUUAUUUAUACCCUGCCUGGGUUGCCCCAGCCACUCUGGGUGGCUUCCAACAUAUAUUAAAACAUAAUUAAACAUUUUAAAAAACUUCCCUAUACAGUCGUACCUUUGAAGUUGAACGGAAUCCGUUCUGGAAGUCCAUUCAACUUCCAAAAUGUUUGAAAACCAAAGCGUGGCUUCUGAUUGGCUGCAGUAAGCUCCUGCAGCCAAUCGGAAGCCGUGGAAGCACAAUCGGAUGUUCGGCUUCCAAAAAUAGUUUGCAAACUGGAACAGUCACUUCUGGGUUUGCGAUGUUCGGGAGCCAAAACGUUCAGGAACUAAGCUGUUUGACUUCCAAGGUACGGCUGUACAGUACUGCCUUCAGAUGUCUUAUAAAGGUUGUAUAGUUACUUAUCUCCCUGGCUCAGGGAUCGCAUAACUCCAUACCUUCCAACAAUUCUCUGAUGAAAAUAUAGAUGUCCUAAGGAAAAGCAGGACAUUCUGGGAUCAAAUUAGAAACCAGGAUGGCUUCUGUAAAUCCUGGACUGUCCUUGGAAAAUAGGGACACUUGGAGAGUCUGUAUAAGGUACUAUACACAGGCUAGCCUAUAGGCCAUGUCAGGGCCAGAAGUUUGGAAGUGAAUUGGGAAAGUAGCAGGCAAUUCAGGAAGUGUGCAGGGGUGGGCGAUCUCAGGGUUCAGUCUGUGCCUGAGGUUGCUUACACUGAGAAGCCAAGCCAACGGUCACAGGUUUUGUAGGACAAUGUGAAAUCCUGUGACCCCUGCUGACCUGAUAAGCUGACCAUCUGCAGCAGUGGAGCUUAGCUCCUUCCUCUGGGAAGCUACCACAGUAGUUCAGAAAGUAAGCUGCUUGGGUGCUGCUACUGGGGCACCCGGCUUGAAACCACUUUUGCCUUGCAAAACAGCAGCCCCGUUAAUUGAAUAAUUGGCUAAAGUUAUUUUGCACAUCGCGUUUCACUUUUUUUUGCAGUUACCUCAAGGAACUGAUGAAAAUUGGCUCCUUAAAUUAUAUAACAAUUUUGCAAACAAGAAUCCACUCUUUGAAGAGCCAAGAAUGUCAAACUCUUCUUUUAUAAUCCAGCACUUUGCUGAUAAGGUAAGGCAUUCCUCUUGGCAAGGUGUUGCAACCUUCCCAUAUCUGGAUAUAAUGUUUAGAGUGUAAAAUAUCCUCUAUAAUCUAAUGAAUGUGUUUGCCUAUAUAGUAUUAAGUAUACAGCAAACAUUCUGGAAAAUGAAGCUGUUUGCUUCAGUUACCUCCUGAUUUACAAAGACAAAACAAUUGGCAAUAUGAAUUAUAGAUGUAAAUGUGGAUGCAGUGCUCCCCAGCCUGUAACCAUGUUUAAGAGAACAGGAAUGGGUUAUUGUAGGAUUGUGUUCUGACUCCCUCCUCCCUUCACCUGGAAGCAGGCUUUGAUGUUAUUUCUGCAAAUGCUAACCCUGGUUAAUGCUAAUCAGGGCCUGCUUCUAACCCAGGAUUUUAAACCAGGGUUUGAAGCAACAUUAAUGAAUAUGUAAAUGAUGAUGAUACAGAUGAAAAUAUAUCUUGCUAUUUUGCUUUGUGGAUAGCUGGCUCAAAAACAGUUUAGUAUUGAUUUCAUCUAUGUAAUGUCUACUGUAAGUAGUAUGUGAGUAGGUUUGAAUUCACUUCCCUUUACUGUAAACUGGUGUGUGAACUUCAGAUGAAGGAUAGUAUAAUAAAAUAAAAUGAAAUAAAAUAAAAAACAAAACAGUAUUCAUCGUGGGUGAAUGCGCUGCUAUGUUAGGAACUUGGAAUUGCUGGAUCUGGCAAUAUUGCAACUUUCGUGGAUGAAAAUGGUUGGCAGUCAGAGCUAAGGCCUUUGUGUUAUAGCUUAGGCAACUUCCUAAGUCUUAUUUUCUGUUAAUGAAGCUAUGGAUGUGGAUGUGGCCUUUUAUCAGCUUGGGUUUCUAUAGCUUUACAUGUUUCUUAGCAAUUGUUGAUUUCACCUUUCUCACGCAGGUGGAGUAUAAAAGUGAUGGAUUUUUGGAAAAAAAUAGAGACACGGUAUAUGAAGUAUUAAUUGAAAUCUUACGAAGCAGCAAGGUUUGUAAAUAACCUGUUCUAUUCCUUCCUACUAUUGAAACUGGUACAUCUGCUGUCAUAUAGUAUUUAAAAAGAUGCUCUCAUCUAUUAUUACAUUCUUGAAAUAGAUAAAAUGGUAGCCGACAUGCAGGUUCUUGUUUCUGUUUAGAUAUUCUUUCUAAACAUGUUUUCUAUUUAUAGUCACCUUUCCUAUUAGUAACAAAUGAAUAUAUGUAAUAACCAUUGCAUGCUACUGUUGUUUUUCUUUAGUUUCGACUAUGUGCAAACUUUUUCCAAGACAAUCCAGUACCUGUCUCCCCAUUCAGCUCGGUGAUCAAAGUUAAGUCUGCAAAAACAGUGAUCAAGCCACCUAAUAAGCAGUUCCGUACAACAGUUGGCAAUAAGGUAUUUUUAGAUUCCUCUUAAUGAAUGAUGAGCUAUUAGUGCAUUUAUACAGGCGGCAACCCUUUUGCGUGGGGGUUCUGUUCCUGGGCUCUGUACGCGUUGGCAGAGCGCACGUGAGCCCACUCUGUCCCAUUACGCCCCCGUUUCCCCAGCCCCCCUGUUCUGCUCUCUUCAAGGUCUCCAAAAGGUGGUUGCAAAUCCAGUGGCGGAGGAAGCCGCUCAGGCGCCUGGGGCGGCGCACCACAGGGCCUCCAGAGUCUGCCUGUCUCCUCCCACUCAGCCGCCCUACAGCUGGGGGGGGGAGGCAGCGGGCGAACCGUUUGGGCAGCGCGGAGCCUGCACGCGCCCAAGCCACCACGUCUCCCCCAGGAGAGACGCGUGGCUUGGGUGAGCUGCAGGCUCUGCGGUGAGUGCCACCCAGCAUUUUGUCACCCCCCUCAGUGGUGACACCCAGGGUGGUCCACACCAACCACACACCCCUUCCUCUGCCCCUGUGCACAUCAGUGGGACAGGCCUGUAUUCCAUCUUUCUUUCAAGAAGCUGAAGGCAGUAUACAUGGCACUGGGACAGGCUUAAGCAAGAGGGAGAGAUCAAGGGGAUGAUAGAGAGAAUACAAAAAUGCCCCCCCCACCUUUUCAAUCAAGUUUACCAACUCUUUCCUAGUUUGUAAAUAUUCAGUGGAGUUUUGUGAUCUAUAUUUUUGUCUGUCUGAAAGCCCCUUCUCAAGUUAGUAUUGCAUUGUUGUUUCGUUCUGAAGGUUUAAGCAGUCAAUGUUUUAAUAUUUUCUAGUUUCGUACUUCCUUAUAUUUACUAAUGGAGACACUUAAUGCAACCACACCUCACUAUGUGCGAUGCAUCAAGCCAAAUGAUCAGAAGCUAGCAUUUGAGUGAGUAUAUUUAUUCAAUUGAAAUAUACUCUUUGCUUUAACGGAGAUGUGUUUCAGUAUUACACUGAAGAUGGAUAGUGUUCUGCAUGCCAGUUGUUUAUUAGGCAAAAUCACCCCCUUUUUAAUUGUUGCUUUUAAAGUGGUAUGGGUAGGAAAUCUACUUUCCAUAAAAUUUCAUAACUUAACAUAAGUUAUUUUUCACAACUUACCCCUUGCUGGAAUGGGGCUUUAAAAAAUAAUUAUUACCAAAAUAAAAAUAAAAAUUAUUACAUAGAAACUUCACUUUGCCUGUUAAAAUAACCCACCAUGAUAUAUAGGCUAUAGAAUUAAAGGACUUAAUCAUUCAUAAAAACGGCAGAAAAUAACUGUUUUAUUUGACUCCCAUAGGUUCGAUUCUAAAAGAGUGGUUCAGCAAUUGCGAGCUUGUGGUGUUUUAGAAACAAUUCGGAUUAGUGCUCAAAGUUACCCAUCUAGGUAUGUAACAAUCGCUGCGGGUUUCAAUGAUUUUGAUUUAUAUCAAUUUAAUUCACUGGUCCACCUGCUAUUUUUAUUUUAUAGGUGGACUUACAUUGAGUUUUACAGCCGUUACAGGAUUCUCAUGUCCCAGCAUGAACUUUCACUUACUGACAAGAAACAAAUUUGCAAGAUUGUUUUGCAGCGGCUCAUUCAGGUCAGAGAUUUUGUAACAAUCCAAGGUGACAGGCUUCCAUUCUUAUUUAAUCACCCAGAAUUCAUUUGUCAUCUGUAAAUGAAAAUACAUUUUUGGUCUCAAUAUUGUACUGUUCCUUCAUGACGACUAGAAUUAAACAUUUGUAUCAUGUUGCAAUAGAUUUGAAAUAUGUUUAACAAAGCCUUUUUUUUUGUUUCUCCCAGGAUCCAACCCAAUACCAGUUUGGUAGAACAAAAAUUUUCUUCAGAGCAGGGCAGGUUGCUUAUCUGGAAAAAUUACGGUCAGAUAAGUUGAGGCAAGCAUGUAUUGUGAUUCAGAAGAAUGCCCGAGGUUGGCUGCAGCGGAAGAAAUUCCUCCAUAUCAGACAAGCAGCAGUUAUAAUACAGCAGUACUUCCGAGGACAACGGACUGUACGGUAAUUUCAGGGACUAACCUAGUCAGGGGUUUGUUUAAAUUUUUUUCUGAAGAAUGUAAAUAUGUGGAAGGACUGGGAUAAUGCCUGGGAUUCAUGUGCAUCUAUUUGUAGGAGAAGUUCUCAUUUUCAUAUCUACAGAUAUGAAAUCUAACAGAAUGCUUCUAGAAGAGGUUUCAGAUGCAUUCGGCUAGCUCCAAAAGGGUGCCUUAGCAUCUUCUACAUGGGAAGUGGGAACUGCUGUCCUGUUGGUGUGCUGAAGCAAUAAGAAUAAUUUAUUAUUUAUGCCCCGCCCAUCUGGCUGGGUUUCCCCAACUACUCUAGGCAGCACCCAGCAGAAUAUUAAUAUUAAUAAUAAUAAAGCGAUACAACCUCAAACAUUAAAAAAAUCCCUAAGCAGGGCUGCCUUCAGAUGUCUUCUAAAAGUCAGAUAGUUGUUUAUUUCCUUGACAUCUGAUGGGAGGGCGUUCCACAGGAUGGGCACCACUACUGAGAAGGCCCUCUGCCUGGUUCCAUGUAGCUUCACUUCUCGCAGUGAGGGAACCACCAGAAGGCCCUCAGAGCUGGACCUCAGUAUCCGGGCUGAACGAUGGGGGUGAAGAUGUUUCUUCAGGUAUACUGGGCCGAGGCCGUUUAGGGCUUUAAAGGUCAGUAGCAACACUUCGAAUUGUGCUCAGAAACAUACUGGGGGCCAAUGUAGGUCUUUCAGGACUGGUGUUAUAUGGUCUUGGCGGCCACUCCCAGUCACCAGUCUAGCUGCCAGUGUGGUGUAGUGGUUAAGCGCGGUAGACUCAUAAUCUAGUGAACCGGGUUCGUGUCUCCGCUCCUCCACAUGCAGCUGCUGAGUGACCUUGGGCUAGUCACAUUUCUUUGAAGUAUCUCAGCCCCACUCACCUCACAGAGUGUUUGUUGUGGGGGAGGAAGGGAAAGGAGAAUGUUAGCCGCUUUGAGACUCCUUUGGGUAGUGAUAAAGCGGGAUAUCAAAUCCAAACUACUACUACUACUACUACUACUACUACUACUCUUCUUCUUCUUCUUCUUCUUCUUCUUCUUCUUCUUCUUCUUCCGGAUUAGUUGUAGUUUCCGGGUCACCUUCAAAGGUAGCCCCACGUAGAACACAUUGCAGUAGUCCAAGCAGGAGAUAACUAGAGCAUGCACCACUCUGGCGAGACAGUCUGCGGGCAGGUAGGGUCUCAGCCUGCGUACCAGAUGGAGCUGGUAGACAGCUAUCCUGGACACAGAAUUGACCUGUGCCUCCAUGGACAGCUGUGAGCUGUGAGUCCCAAUCUUUGGGACAAGCAAUGUUUCCCUAGGCCCUCAUGAUCAACUGGUAUAGUCAUAGGGCCAGUCUGUUUUCCAGACAGUAAUCUGGGAGCCAGCCAUGCGUUUCAUUGCAGAAUCUGACCCUCAUGGGUAGAUCAGGCUCUGCAGUGAAGUUGCUGCCAUCCAGUAGCACCUUCAUAGUUGUAGAGCAGAUUGAAAGAGUGCCCAUCCUCAGGCUGGAGGGUUGGUCCUGAGGUUCUUUCAAGGGGGUGGAGCCUGGAUGAAGCAGUCUGGAGGCGGAGGAGUAAAUGUCCUCAUCUGCUCCCAACCUUGUUGCUCCCCUGGAGCUAUCCAUGGUCCUCCUGCCUUGCUGCUUUCCCCAUGGUUUCCAUCAUUGACCCUAAUGGUCUGACUCCAUAUAACACAGCUUCCUCUGUUCCUAUGAAAUCCUCCUGCAAAAGAUUUUUCCUUUGCUACCAGGCUUGAGUUCAAGCCAGAGAUGCAACAGUACAAUUUCCUUUUGCAGGUACAGAUCAGGAUGCAAAAGAGGAAUCGGGAACACACUAUGUGUGCUUUACAGCCAAAAGUUGUCACCAUAGGCUGCAAAGAAAAAGGCCCUCAACUUUUGGCUGCAAAGGAAGAUUCAGUAGCACCUUCCAGUGAGUUUCCAGUUCUUCUUUCCAGAAGCUGUGGCUUGAAGGUUUGCCCAAUAUGGCCUGGCAAGCCUGAUUAAGCCCCCAACCUGGAUAUCCCUCAUUUCUGGUCUAGAACCAUGAGGGCCAAUUGGUGGUUGGAUUCUGCCCCUGAAGGAGUUUUAUCUGGCCCCCGGUGACUCUACCAUGCUGUGGUAAAAGGUUUGUCAACAGUUUCAGUCCAAAAAAUUAUUUUAAAAGUGUUUUCAGGUAGUGAGAAAUUGAGAUAUUCUACACUUUAAAGGAAGAUCACCUUUGGGUUUUGCAGUUACAUUUGGUGCACUGCCAAACUGGGGAUGUGCGUGGUGCUUUUUCAGGCUCGGGGGAAGGUGCCUGUGAAGGUCCAAGAUCCUAGGAGGUUCUGGGAGGUUCCUUUGGGAGUUCUUAGCCAACUGCCUCAGGCUUAAUGGUCUCCCCAUCUUCCACUGUCUUCUCUGAGCCCCAAUGCUGCUCCAGCUCCUCAUCUGGUGUCCCCACAGCCUCAGUCCCUGUGUCCAGAUCACUGCUGAAUACAGGGGUCAUGACAACUGGUCCCUGAACUGUAGCUCAGUGUUGGCUACACUGAUUGACGGUGGCUCUUCAAGAUUUUAGAAAGGAGAUAUCGGGCAUUGAACCUGCAACCUUCUGUGUGCUCUUACCACUGUGUAGCUCUUACCACCAAGCGAUGACACAAAUACUAAGGGUAAUUUAAUUUCUCUUCAGACAAGCUAUAACUGCAAGAGCCUUGAAAGAAGCAUGGGCAGCUAUCAUUAUCCAGAAGUACUGCCGGGGAUAUCUAGUACGUAGGCUUUGCCAUCUUAUCCGUGUGGCUGUUUUGACAAUCCAAGCUUUUACUCGAGGCUUUCUGGCAAGGAGGAAAUACAGAAAGGUACAAAUAAUUCACCAAAUAAUCUAUAUAUUAGUUUCCUGUUCAGUGAAUAAAUAUCUACGUCUGAUAGGGCUGCUUCUUUAAAACAUGUAUAUUUCUUGAAAUAUGGGUGCAGAAUUGCAAUAUGACGUCUGUCCUCAGCUUCACCGCCGUGAAUUCUCAGUACGUUUAUGUGUUGGUCAGAGAAACUCCACCACUAGUACCCAAAUGAGCAUGCUAUACCAUGAUGGCUAAGAGCGUUAGCUGUGAAGCAGGAAGUCCCCAGUUCAGAUUGCACCUCCCAUAGGAAACAGUGGUCUCCCCAACUCAGCCUCCCAGUUAGCAUAUGGGAAUAAUAGUAAAUAAUAGCAAUAUUGACCUACAUUCUAAUUAUAGAGCUUUUGUAAGAAUUACCAAGAUAAUGUAUGUCGAAGCACUUUGAAGACUGUGGAACCCUGUAUAGCAGCACUAUAAUAAUUAUGCACAGCCUUCUUUAUGGGGUAUGUGUGUGUGAACAAACUAGUGAGCCAGAGUUCUUCUACAGUGACACAUGGUCUGUGCUUUUGCACCACUAUGUGCCAUGUGAGAAGCAGGUGAGGAAGUAGCAGUGAGGAAUUCUAAGCUGCAUUUGGCCAGUAGGGUUGUGGCAUCUUCGUUGUUCACCGUACAGUGACUGCUUAAAGAUUUCUGCCUGAGUACAUUCUGGUUAUACAGUGGUACCGUGGUAGUCAAAUGCCUUAGUUGUCUAACAAAUUGGCUCCCGAACAUCACAAACCUGGAAGUGAGUGUUCUGGUUUGCGAACGUUUUUUGAAAGCCGAACAUCCGAUGUGGCUUCCGAAGCUCCUGCAGCCAAUCGGAAGCCACGCCUUGGUUUUCAAACCGUUUCGGGAGUUGAACGGACUCCCGGAAUGGAUUAAAUUUGAGAACCAAGUACGACUGUAUCUUCUUGACUAUACUUUGCCGAAUUCUUCAGUGCAUAUUUGUCAAGUGAUAAGAAAUUCCCUGAGCAAUUGUUAAACUACUAGCUGUUCCCUCUAAUUUCUUAUAAAGAUGGUUGAAGAACAGAAGGCUUUGGUCCUCCAAAAAUAUGCUCGAGCCUGGCUUGCUAGACGCAGAUUCCAGAGCAUUCGCCGUUUUGUAUUGAACAUCCAACUUUCAUACAGGGUACAGCGGCUGCAGAAAAAACUAGAAGACCAGGUAAUUAAAAGUGUUUAUUAAUGCUUUGCAUUAAUUUUAUGUGCAUUUUAAUCAAAUAAAAAGUUUCAUUACCUAAACUAAUUGAUGAUUGAUCCUGUGGGCAGGAUAUUUCAUUCUUUUAAUUUGGCCACCCCUAUCCAUUGUGACCAUCUUCUAGUGCUCUGUUCUGGGAGCCCCCUGCCAUCAGAGGUUAGGCAGGGCAAUAGAGAAAUUAAAAUUGACAAUAUGGGACAAAAAAUGACUGAGUUGGGCCUAAAAGUGAAUACUUAUACAGAAAUAACUCAGGAUUUGAUUCAGGAAUCUGUUUUGACAUUGCAAGCUGUGGAGAGGAAGAAGGAGAAGGUUGUGGUUGAACCUCAAGUAAUUCAAGUGGAUAGAGCCCCGGCCUUACAAAGGCAAUUUGAUGAAUAUAAGCUGUUGCCCUUUACGAUUGAAUCCAGAGAAAGCCAGAUUUUGAGGGAUGGACUCCCGCUUGGAUUGGAGAAGGAAAGUUGGAUAGACCCCCUUAUACAGGUUUGGGAUCUGGAUUUGGGUCAGGGGGAGAUUGGAGUUGCGGGGGCCUUUAGCUUUGGAAGGACUUUGAAACACGCUCUGAAAUAUCGUUUGGACUGUAGUUCUGACUAUGGAAAAUGGGCUGACCUGUCGAGAAGGAAUAAUGACAUUGUUAGGUUGGAGUUUCCCCGAGACCUACUCCUCAGUGCCAAAGGAAGGAAACUAAGAACAAGAUCAGCAGAAGACAAAGUGAAGCACAUGUAUAGAUAUGAAGAAGACCUGCAGAAGGGACAUGGAAAAGAGUUAAGAGCCUCGGAUAGAAGAUCACCAGGUUGAUGGACCAUAUGGAAUUGAUAGAAAGGACUGACAGAAUCCGAGACCAGGGAGAAGAGACGGUGGAAGAAGAUUGGAAAAAAGUUUCAAAAUUUAUUUAGAGAAAUAUUGUUAAAUUAAUGAGUGUUAGAAAAAUUGUUGGAAUGAAAUUAUAUGGCUUUAGUAGAAAUAUUAUAAGGAGUUAAGUAUAUAUAAGUUUUAGGAUUUUAAUGGUAAGAUAAGGUUAAAAUAAAUUAAGACAAUUAAAUGACAGAAAACAGUGAAAGAUGGAAAGGAUUUGCUGACAUAAUUAAUAACUAGAAUACAAAAAAGGGAGGUGUGAGGAGGUCAAUGAAACAAGUCAAUGAAAGAUAAGAUAUGGAAAUAUUGGAUGUGUUUUUAAAUGUUUUUGUUUUAGGCAGGGGGCAAUCGGGGGGCACAAGGCCUUUUAGGUGAUAGUUCCCUGCCCUACAAAGAUUCAUAUCUUCUGCCAAUAAUAUUGCCAUCUUAGUGUCUAAUGAAAAGAGCUUUAUUUGCCAGACCAUUUGAUUGCUGGUGUGUUGUUGUUGUUGUUGUUUUGUUUUGCUGCUUCUUUCUGUGUUAAGGACAUUCCUGUCAUUUUUGGGGGGGUAAAUCUUUUGGAUUUCAAUUUUGAACGGGGCUUGUUUAUUUUACCAGUGGUAAAUCAAAGCAACUACUCUAGGGCUGUAUUCAAUGUUGUCUGCCCUCUAGCAUAAGAGCUGUCGUGCUCGAAGAUUGCAGAGUUUAAAGGUUGAACAGCAAAGGAAUCCCUUGUUUUCCAUUGCACAUCAAUUUCUGCCAGCACAACAAGUAUACCGCUAAGUGACUUUGACUUAGCUCUAUGUUUCUUACAACCCUGUAAUACUUUGCUGAUUUUAUAUUUAUUUUAGAAUAAGGAGAAUAAUGUUCUGUUGGAAAGAUUGACCACUCUAGCCUCAAAUCACUCCAAUGGUAUAGAAACAAUUCAGAAGCUUCAGCUGGAUCUUGAAAAAUUAGCUGCACAAAAGAAAAUGUCGGAAGAAAAAGAGAAGAAGCAUAGAGAAGACUACGAACAGGUUACUCUUUAUGGGGCUUACAGUGGUUCUGUUUGCAUGUAAUGCUAAAUCAGAGCUGCGGAAGUUCCUGCCUGUGGGCCAAAUCUGGUCCACAAGGUUGUUUUCCCAAAGCACACCCACCUGCACCUAACACCUUAAGUUCGCUAGGGAGAACUUGAUUGUGUAGCCAAUCCUUACAGAAAGCAGUUUUUGCUGAUGCUAUGCUUGGUGCUUGGGAAGCACUGAGCACAGGGUUUGCAAAGCACUUUGUGCAGCACUUCCUCAAUGCCCAGCAGCAGCCAGCUGGUUGUCAGGUGUUUAGGAAGUCUUAUGCAAAGUGCUUUGCAUGCCCUGUGCUCAAUGCUUCCCAAGCUCCAAGCAUAGGGCUGGCAAAGAGGAUGAUCCACAAACUGUGCCAGCUUCAAAUGAGCCACCUUCAACCAAUUAGUUAAUGAAUGUUAAACAGCUGGUUUAACUAGAGUUUGUGGUCAGUCACAAGCUUUGAUUCAUUCCUAAUACCAUGCUGAGAUUAAGGGAAAGUGGAACUAAAUGCUGCUGAACUCCUUUCAGCUGCGUGGGGAAAGGGGGUAGGCAGAAUUUGAAAGUCUCGGUAAGCUCAGGGUUGCUCCAACUUGAAUCAUCUGGUCCAACCCCUUGCAAUGCAGGAGUAUGCAGCUGUCCCAUAUGGGGAUCGAACUGAAACCUUGGUCUUAUCAGCACCAUGCUCAUGCAUGUAGUUUAGUGCUACACGUGAACUUCGCCAAUAAAAUAGGAUCUCAAGAAUUACUGUGACAACAAGCGGGGCUGGAGUUGGGGAUGAUGAUGUGCUUUGGAGUAAUCAUGCAUUAACUGAAAUCCGUGAUCGCUCUAAAGGAUAUAAAAGGUAAAGGGUAAAGGGACCCCUGACCAUUAGGUCCAGUCGUGACCGACUCUGGGGCUGCAGCGCUCAUCUUGCUUUAUUGGCCGAGGGAGCCGGCGUACAGCUUCUGGGUUAUGUGGCCAGCAUGACUAAGUCACUUCUGGCGAACCAGAGCAGCACACGGAAAUGCCGUUUACCUUCCUGCUGGAGCGGUAUCUAUUUAUCUACUUGCACUUUGACGUGCUUUCGAACUGCUAGGUUGGCAGGAGCUGGGACCAAGCAAUGGGAGCUCACCCCUUCGCGGGGAUUCGAACUGUCAACCUUCUGAUCGGCAAGUCCUAGGCUCUGUGGUUUAACCGAGAGCGCCACCCGCGUCCCCUAAAGGAUAUAGUAUGUGUUUUUUAACGCUUUUUCUCCCGCCAUUACUUUUGCCUUGCAGAAGGUGUCAAAACUUGAAAACCACAACUCAGAGCUGCAAGAGCAGAAGAAGCAACUAGAAAAGGAACUUAAAGAGAAGAAUGAGGAAAUGAAAGGUGAGGUGAUUCAGAUCACAUCCAUUAGUUACGCUAGCUUCAGAAAAAGAACACUAAAAUAUUGCCCCUGAGGAAGGCAUGCUAUCACUUUUGUGUUUUCAGUUAAACUGGGUUCUGCUCCUUUUGGAACAUUGCUUGUGCCUUAGAUUUGUGGUGCUUCUUCCUAGCAACGAACCAGAUGCACAAAGAGUGACUUUCCAAUGAUGAACAGAAUGUGAGGGAAGUAGUAUUUGCUGUGCCCCCAAAUAAACAGUGGUGCAUUGAAUCCUGCCCAACUAAUUAAUAAUAAUAGCCAUCCAUUACAGACUUGGUCUGUGGUCACAAUCCACCACAGAGUUCUCUUGAGCAAGCCUAUUGAAAGGAAUGGGAGCUGUACAAUAUAAUUUCCAGAUAGACUGUACCCCAUGAUAUUAUGCUACCAUUUUAGGGCUUUGUGCCAAAGUUGCUGGCAGAUGCACCAGUCAAGAUCCUCAGGAUCUGGAUGUUUAUUUCACUUACCAUUUGCAAUAUGGUGCCUAACCUGAAAAUUACCGUAUUUUUCACUCUAUAACAUGCACCAGACCAUAACACGCACGUAGUUUUUAGAGGAGGAAAACAAGAAAAAAAAUAUUCUAAACAAAACAGUGGAUGUAUGAUUUUUGUGGUUCAUGCUGUGGCCACAGACAUGUGAUCUGACAGUGAGUUUGGAGUAGCCCAAUGCAAAAAUCCUGAGGAUCCAUGUGGAUCCGUGAUUGUAACCACGUUUUAAGUGGGGAGGGAAGGAAAAACGCAGAAGGGACAAGGAGCACGCAUGGGGUGUGUGGAGAAGGAUGCUGCUAAUAAUGCUAUUUAGCGAGCUGAGUGGGGAGGAGAGAGGGACAGAGAGCCUGCUUGCUUUAAAGGAGCCAACCGGACAGGAGCCGCUUACACUCGUGUAGCGGCUCCUCUCCUGUCCGGUUGGCUCCUUUAAAGCAAGCAGGCUCUCUGUCCCUCUCUCCUCCCCACUCAGCGGCUCUUCUCCCGCUUUGCUGUUUCAAAGCAAGCCACGGAGGAGGGAAGGAAGGGGAACCAUGGAUCCUCUGCUCACAACUGCAGCAGAUCCCCCCGCCAUCCGUAGGCAUUCGCUCCAUAACACGCACAGACAUUUCCCCUUACUUUCUAGGAGGAAAAAAGUGAGUGUUAUGGUGCGAAAAAUACGGUAAGUUUACAGUAAGCAGCAUUUUGGCUUCUCAAACCUUGCAUGACAUCUGUCCUAUCUUAUGUUGAUUUCUGUGCGAAAUUAUCCAUUUACAGUUAAAACUCUCUAAAAAUUUGCUUAUUAGUCUCUAACUUAUGUGUGUGUUUGAUGAUUUCAUGGUUUUAUUUUGCAUAUAUUUUUUAAAUAAACAAACAAACAUUGUCUCUCUGCAGAGAAAAUGGAUGACCUGACAACACAGCUCUUCGCCGACGUUCAAAAAGGAGAAAGGCAACGGAUGUAUGAAGUGUUAACUUGUGACUUUAAAGUGCCAUUUUAUUAUAUUGUCUGAUUUUGCUUGAACUGUAAAGGAAUUAAGUAUUUAUUUAUAUAUAUACCCAUAUAAUAAACAGAUAGUUAUAUUCAGCUAAGUUCUAAUCAGAGUUGGCCCACUUACCGGAUCUAAGUUAGCCCAUUAAUUUCAGUGGAUUUGCUCUUGAGCCUGACAAGGGAUAUAACCCAAAGAAUCUAGAUGACUUGGAUCCUAAUGGAAGUUUGUGCAAGGUGUUUUCCUAUUCUCUAGGUCCUUGGAAAAGUAUCUCCAAAAGAGCCAGGGGCUCCCCUAACUAGGGUAGAAUCGGGUGUUGCUGGCAGAGGGUUGAAUCACCAAUAAUAAUAAUAAUUUUAUUAUUUAUACCCUGCCCACCUGGCUGGGUUUCCCCAGCCACUCUGGGCAGCUCCCAACAGAAUAUUAAAAACAUGAUAAAACAUCAAGCAUUAAGAACUUCCCUAAAUAGGGCUGCUUUCAGAUGUCUUAGAAGACUGGUGUUGCAUAGUCCCGGUGGCCACUCCCGGUCUCUUGCUGCCUCAUUCUGGAUCAGUUGUAGUUUCCAGGUCACCUUCAAAGGUAGCCCCACGUAGAGUGCAUUGCAGUAGUCUAAGCAGGAGACAACUAGAGCAUGCACCACUCUGGCAAGACAGUCUGCAGGCAGGUAGGGUCUCAGCCUGCGUACCAGAUGGAUCUGGUAGACAGCUGCCCUGGACACAGAAUUGACCUGCGCCUCCAUGGACAGCCGUGAGUCCAAAAUGACUCCCAGGCUGCGCACCUGGUCCUUCAGGGGCACAGUUACCCCAUUCAGGACCAGGGAGUCCUCCACACCUGCCCACGCCACUGUCUCCCCAAAACAGUACCAAAAACAGUUCCAUAAUCGGGAAGUGGCUUCUUAAUUGAGCUCUGUUCAUAGAGGGUACAUCUACCUAAUUUUGGAAGCUUCGAUUCACUACCUGCAUUGCAUCCCAUGGUUCCAGGAAGUGUUCCCAUGUUAUUCAAUAGGCUAUUUGGGAGGCAGGGGAGUUGGGAAAAUCUGUGGGUAGGCUGUGUAUAUGUGCAUGCACCUCUCUCUGUAUGCCAUGUCGUCCCUGUGUAUUUGAUUGCAUAUAAUAACUUCCUUGUCUCUUUAUUCAUAUGCUGUUAUUUAUAAUAAAUAUCAUAGCAAUUUGUUUGUACUUAGAGAUACGAGGAGAAAACCAGAGCUGUGGCCUUUUCUGCUGUUGUUGUUAAUCUUUGCAGGAUGCUUGAGAAGAACUUCCAGAACCAGAAACAAGACUAUGAAGAAAAGAUGGACUCACUCAAGGCAGAAAUAAAGUUUCUCAAAGAUGAAAAUGAUCAGCUGCAAAAGAAAGUCAGGGAAAAACAGCAAAUUGAAGAUGGCUUAAAAAUGGAAGUAGAAGAACUUUCAAACCAAGCAAAGGUAUAGUAACAGACCAGAAUUAAUUGAUUACAUGUGUUUGGGGAGGGGGGGUUCUUUCCUACAUAAGAAUGACAUUUUUGCUGAGCUAAGCUAUGGUUUGGCUUAUGGUUGUAUCCGAACAUGGGCUCUUGGUUUGUUUUGCUCCAGACAAACCACAAGCUGUAGUCAAUAUCGUUCUUGGCUUAUCUAUCAUUUUUCUUGUGAAUGCAUUCUGGUUUAUCACUUAGCCGUGAUUUGACUGUGCAAACUGGGUCAUAGAUGUCAAUUAGGCAUGCUCUAGACUGCAACCUUGUCUUCAUCUCAUUUCUGUCAUUUGCUUUGCCCCAUUGAAUUGUGCUUCAUUUUUUAAAUGUUUAAUGAACUUAGACAAUCCCUGAACUGCAUAAAGAAAUUGAACUGAUUCAGUCUCAAAAACUGGAUGUGGAGAAGCAACUACAGUGCCAAAAGCGUGAAAUGAGAGGUAAUUCUGAAAAUAUUUCUCAUUCAAGUGGGUAAAAUAUAUGGGAGAUCCAUGGGCCUGAUUCAUGCAUUCUUCCACUUAUUCAAGUUAAGACACUGGCUGUUCCAUAAUAUGAAGCAGGCUUAGAGACUCUCCCCUCUCCUUUGUUACCUUUAAAGGGAGAUCUAGCUUUAAAUCCUUAUUUUCUUUGGUGAAAACUGAUACUUUUCAAUGCUGUUUUCGGUGUCUCUUUGAGAGUGGGAAACAAGCUGAGUCCUUUUGUGGUACCUGUUAUCUUUUUGACACAGUGGCUGCCAGGCCAUCAGAACAGAGUUAGUUUGGUUCUGCAUCAGUUUAAACUCAUUGAUGCUGCAAAAUGAGUUCUUGCAGUGAAACAGUAAAUACAGUUUAUACAGCCUUUCUGCUAAAGUGGAAUUUCAGUGUUCACUUUAUAUUUUAUUUUUUCCUAGACAAGUUGUCAGACAUUACAAUGCAACUCCGUGAGAGCUAUGACUUCGCAGAUGUAAGGAGCAGGUACGGAUAUAGUCUACAUAGACCCUUUUUAAAGUGCAGUUUUGAAAUUUAUUUUCCUAAAUCACAUGCUUGCCUGAGAUUAGUCCUCCCAUUUUUGUUUCCUCUACUUGUUUUGUAACAGAUUGUCUACUGAAGAUUUGGAACAUCUAAAUGAAGAUGGGGAACUUUGGUUUGCUUAUGAAGGCCUGAAAAAGGCCACAAGGUUAGCUUUAUUACCUGUUGUUUGCAAAUGGUUUUGAUUUGAAGGUGCCCCCAGUCCAAAAAAACAAGCUCAGCCUGUAUUCUUGCAGUAUUAAAUCAUCUGGUACCCAGGUGAGGACAGCUUUCCGGGUCAUGUGGCCAGCAUGACUAAACUGCUUCUGGCUCAAUGGGACACCGUGAUGGAAACUAGAGCGCACAGAAACACUGUUUACCUUCCCACCACAGUGGUACCUAUUUAUCUACUUGCACUGGUGUGCUUUUGAACUGCUAGGUUGGCAGGAGCUGGGACAGAGCAAUGGGAGCUCACCCCGUCACGGGGAUUUGAACUGCUGACUUUCUGAUUGGCAAGCCCAAGAGGUUCAGUGCCACAGUGCCACCCAUGUCCCUGCUGUUCAUGCAAUGGUGUUCUGAUAGGAGAAAAGGCUACUACCUUGGCUGGAAAAAAAUUAACAGAAUUUAUUGUAGUCCUGUUUUGUGAUACAUGUUCGAAAAUGACUUUAUUUAUCACUGAAAGGACUUAGUUUGAAACAUUUCAUUUCAACAGUUCACAUGUAAAAAGACUGGAUUCACUGUUUUAUCUCACCUUCCCACUUUUUAAAAUAGUGUAUAUUCAGCCUGCGUACAUUAGGGGUUUGGUGCAAUGGUCUUGUCUUAAACCCUUUCCAACCAACUGACCCUUGAGGAAAAUUUUAAAAAGGGGGAAAAAGAAAAGGGGUCAUUUCAUAUGGAUUGAGAAACCACCCAAAUCAUGCCUGAUGCAGCUUUAGAGAAUGUAAUUUAAAUUUCAGCAUUUUAAGCCAGAUCAACUUUUUUCUAGUAGUAUAGCAUUCUAAACUUUUUUGGUAGUAUGGUUGCUGGUGUUCCUUCUGUCUACGUGAAUUGCAGUGAAAGUGCUUUGUUUUUUUACGUUACAUGCUUCUUGGUCUUAAAAGGAUCUUGUGUCAAGGAUCUUGUACUGUUUAUUUUACUGUUUAUGUGUUUCCCUUCUCUCAACAGAGUAUUGGAAAGCCAUUUCCAGUCUCAGAAAGAGAACUAUGAAAGGGAGAUAGAUGGUCUCAAUUCUAAAACUGAACAUCUUAGUCAAGAAAUAAACCAUUUGCAGAAACUGUUCAGGGAGGAAAAUGACCUCAAUGACAGUAUCCGGCUCCAAGUUACCCGACUAACUUCAGAAAAUAUGGUGAGGACUGAAUAUAAUUGAACUUAAAAACAUAUUCUAGUAGCAAGCUUCUGAAUAUAAACAGGGAUCCUGUUUGUGAUUCGAGGACCCGAUCCCCGCUUGGGGGAAUGAAGACAUGUGGACACUGUAUAUUAGGUUAAUGGGCAAGAAAAGGCACAACUUUAUUGAUUACAGCAUGUGAGAAGGUAUUGGCUUAGGCAUUGGACCACAGCAAAUUUGACUCCACCCACUCGGAGAGGAGUGAGUCAGAAGAGGGGUUAACCACCAGUAGGGGGAGCCUGUUGAUGCAAAUACAAGAAGAUCUGAAGCGCAAGAGCUGGUGCGGCCGCAUUUGAGCGGCUAAACCACGCCCCCUGCGGUGGCACCCGAUUGGGUGCCCAACUGGGAGGCGUGGCGCACCAGCGAUGAUGAGAGGGCAGGGGGCAGAAUGCCCCCUGCAUGACGCGGGAAUCGUCUCCCGCUCACAAUCCCUCCCUUUCGGAAGGAGGAGAGGCUUUAGCAAAAGCAGCUACUGUGGAACAUAAUUAUGAAGAAUCCAUCCUCAAUAGAGUUACAAAUUGCACAUAUGCAAAGAAUUUUAGAGUUGGAAGGGACCCUGAGGAUCAUCUAGUCCAACCCUUCAAUGCAGGAAUAUUCAGCUGUCCCAUAUGGGGAUCGAACCUGCAACCUUGGCAUUAUCAACACCACGCUCUAACCAGCUGAGCUAUCCAGGCCUUUGCAGCCUGGGACCAGAGAAGAAAAUAAAUAUUCUAAAAACUUUUCAAAAAUAUUAAGCCAAAUGUGACUCUCUCUUUGAUUUUAGUCUUAUCACCUUUUAUUUCCUUUUGGGUCCAAGUAAUUCAAACAAUACUGUUUAUUUGUCCAACAGGGAAGUUCCUGGACACACAAUGAGCAACUAAUAAGCUAUAGUCCUGUCUCAGAAGUUUUAUUUGAACUGACACACACAUAUUACAGAGGAGAUAAGCAAUAAAAGUCAUGCUAUCUUAUGUCUGAAUGAGGGCAUAGGUAGGUGCUUGUAUGUGUAGCCUCAUAGGAGACUGAUCAACAACAGACGAGGAGGAAAAGAAAAGACCCACAGAGCCAUUGGCCCAAGCUGGGAGGGAAAGGACUGUUCAAGCUUCAUAGCAUCCCUUUGAUAGCUAAGUCAGUAUGAGUCUCUUAAUCUCAGGGUUGUGCAUUUGUUGGGCAAGAGGUUCCUGCAUUGCAGCAGGUUGAGCUAGAUGACCCUUGUAGUCCCUUCCAACUCUUACAAUUCUGUGAUUCUAUGAAAGGACGCAGGUGGCGCUGUGGGUUAAACCACCGAGCCUAGGACUUGCCGAUCAGAAGGUCGGCGGUUCAAAUCCCCGUGACAGGGUGAGCUCCCGUUCCUCGGUCCCUGCUCCUGCCAACCUAGCAGUUCGAAAGCACCUCAAAGUGCAAGUAGAUAAAUAGGUACCGCUCCGGCGGGAAGGUAAAUGGCGUUUCCGUGCACUGCUCUGGUUUUGCCAGAAGCGGCUUAGUCAUGCUGGCCACAUGACCCGGAAGCUGUCUGCGGACAAAUGCCGGCUCCCUCGGCCAAUAAAGCGAGAUGAGUGCCGCAACCCCAGAGUCGGUCACGACUGGACCUAGUGGUCAGGGGUCCCUUUAUGAAAAGUCCAUAACAGGUAUUUGAAUCUAGAAGAGAUCAAAAUCUAGGUUUAUGCAGGCCUUGCAGUAAAAGCAGCAGCUUCUAAGGACAUCUGUUGAUUGCUCAUGAAAUUUGUCAGUGACCUAAGAAGUAUUCCUAGUCUUUGAAGUUGCAGUCAGCCAAUUAAAACACAGGCAUGAGGAUCUUCCUCUGAUAGGAGGCUACAGUUCUCCCAGUCAGAUGAGUUCUGGAGUAAAUGGGAAGGAAUAUUCCUUGCUAAUGCUUCUAGAAUUCCACAGUUCUGACAUACAACAUUGAUGCAAGAUGUGAGUAGCUUCACUUUAAUAUUUCCCCCUUUCUCUGAAGAUGAUCCCAGAUCUUAAGCAGCAGAUUGCUGAGCUUCAGAAGCAGAAGACGGAUCUUGAAAACCGUCUUCAAGAAGAAGCUGCAAAGAAUAAAGGUAAUUUUUCAACUAGGAGUCAUUCCAUUUUCAAUUUGAUAAAGAUAGCAACAGGAUAUUCCCCCCCUUUAUGGUAUAUAGUGCAGCUCACAAUAAUUACUUAUCACUAAAGUGAAUUCAUUAAGUACAUAGAUUAUACAUUCAGGAAGGUAGCUGUGUUGGUCUGACGCAUAAGAAAUAUAUAAAAAAAUAAAAAAAAAGUCCAGUAGCACCUUAGAGACCAACUAAGUUUGUUCUCAGUAUGAGUUUACAUAAUCAGUUCUGGAGGUCCGUUCAUAAGUCAAUCUGGGUCGCUGGUGGAAGCGCCUUUGUGUGCAGGUGCAUUUGGCGGCAGCGCACUUCUGCGCACGUGCACAAAUGGCAGAAGUCGCUUCUGCACAUGCACGAAUCGUGACAAACUCAGUAUUUACUUCCGGGUUUGUCGUGGUCACAACUUGGAUCAGGCCCAAGUAAAGGCAGUCGUAAGUAGAGGUUCUACUGUAUCAGAAUUGUAUGCUGGAACAUUCCAGAACUCUUAAAUGCAUUAUUGCUUUUUUUUUCUUUCUUUUUUUGCUUUUUUUUGGCUGCUGUUGAAAUGGACAAGGAAUCAUAAGUAUCCAUUAUGGGUUUUUUUAAUUCUGUAAGUUUUUAAAGUUUAAUUAUUAUUUUAUUAUUAAUUAUAUUUCCUUUUUCUGAGGUUUUUUGUAUUGUUUAUUAUAACUCUUGCAGUGCCAUUCAUACUAUUUCAUAUAUUUAAUGGAAAUUUGUGGAAAUGGUUGUGGCUUCUGGCUAAUUUUAAGAAUAUUUUACAAUCUAGCUUUCACUUUUAGCAUUGCUUCACCAACUGAUUUCUGUCCGACAUGUUCAGUUGGGAUCAUGUUCUCUCUGUCCCUAAACAGGGGCAACUCUAUUAUAAAACAGGACUUUUAGAUGGAUUGUGUGUUUUAUAGUGCAACUUUGUAUAUGAGAACAUGGAUAAUCUUACUGUAGUAAACCCUAUAAAUCCCAGUGUAGGUUGGUUUAGUAAAAUUAUGUUUAUUGUUAUUAUUAAAGAGAAAAUGGAAGAAAGGGCAGAUCUGCUGCGUCAUAACCAGGAAAAAGAAGGAACACAAAUAAGGUAAUCAUAAAAAGCCUCUGAAAAAUGUUGGGCAUAGUUUAUUUGAGUAUUUAAUUUCACGGAAAAGGAGGUAACGCUCCAAAAUCAAUAUAUUGGUUUUUAAUAAAAAACUGAAAAUGCUACAUUUGCGAAAAGAUUGCCAGCCUUUGAAACAGCCCAUAUAGCUGCCCCCUUAACUGCCCUUUGAUUUGCAGCAGUUAGAAAAGUGAUCACGAGCAUGUUUAGUUCCAUGCCAUGAAAACCUUCACUUGCCAAUUUCUACGGAGGAGUCCCCUUUUAAAGGGAGACGGGCAGGCCAAACUGGUUUAAUUUCUGACCCGUCGGCAGUUCUAGCUUCCAGGUAGGCUGAAGACAAAGUGCAGAUGAGCUUCAAAUGAACGGAAAGUCGGACUUGUGAGCUAUUCUCAGGUUAGCACAUGAGAACAUCCACUUUGUGGGUUGUGCCACCUGGCUGCCUGCACCCACAUUCAAUAUAAAAUGCCUCAGUGGAAAACUCAUUUGGCAGAAGAGUCCGACAGCACAUGCUUUCAUCCUAGGUGAUCACCUGCUCAACUCACCCACUCUCACUUAGCUUAAUAUGGAUGACUGAGAUGCAAACCCGAGAAUGGAACAUGGAUUCAUUUACUGUGCCUUCUAGGUUAUCAUCCUGAGCCACAAAUGACCUCGCCCUUCCUACAAUACAGGGCUGUCUAUGAUCAUUGAGGCUAGCGUCUCCACCCCCAUCGUUCUACCCGGACACUGAGGUCCAGCACCGAGGGCCUUCUGGCGGUUCCCUCACUGCGAGAAGCCAAGUUACAGGGAACCAGGCAGAGGGCCUUCUCGGUAGUGGCACCCUCCCUGUGGAACGCCCUCCCACCAGAUGUCAAAGAGAACAACAACUACCAGACUUUUAGAAGACAUCUGAAGGCAGCCCUUUUUAGGGAAGCUUUUAAUGUUUGAUGUAUCACAGUAUUUUAAUAUUCUUUUGGAAGCCGCCCAGAGUGGCUGGGGAAACCCAGCCAGAUGGGCGGGGUAUAAAUAAAUUAUUAUUAUUAUUAUUAUUAUUAUUAUUAUUAUUAUUAUUAUUUAGUAACCUCACACAACUGCUCCCUUCCUCCUCUCAGGGGACUGAGAUGUGUGGCCUCUGGUCUGCCAUUCACUCCUAGGUUUUUGUAGCUGUUGUCUUCAUGCAAACUCUGUUUCCAAUUGUGCAUGGUCAUGAAUGGAAAACUGAGGUGGAAAGCAGAGGAGGGAAGGAAAGUUAAGUCGCACACAAGUUAAGUCCAAGAGCAGAGCUCACAACGUGGUUAGCUCAGCCUUCAAACCUGACACUGCCCAUUCAUGAUAAGUGAACCAGUGUUCCAUUUUGUAGCAGCUCUUUGUUUUAUGCACAGGGAAAGAAUUAAUACAUUUUAAUGCCUUUUUAGAGUAUUGCACGUUCAAAAUGAAAUACGCACGAAGGAAAAAGAAAGGCUGAUAGCCACAUCUGACGAGCUUCAGGACAUAAAUGAUCAUAUGGAGAAGCAACAUGAAGGAGAGGAUGAAACCAAGUACAAAAUGUGGCAAGAUAUGGCAUAUCUUACUACAGAAAAUACGGUGAGGAAGGAAAAUGCUCCUGGUAAUGGAUUAUUUUAAGCCUAUGCAUGCUUACUUUGAAGUAAGUCCCACUCAAUUCAAUGGAACUUACUCUCAAGUAAGUGUGAUUGGGAUCAUAGCCUUAUUGCCUUAAAAUCACAAAGAGUUUCAACCCUUUGUGAUAUGUUGUACAAAGGGGGGAAAACCAAUUUGAGAUUCUAUAUUAAAAUGAUUUUUAAAAGUGGGAUGAGAACAUGCGUCACUUGGCUCUUUUUCAUAGUUUUUCACGAACGUGGCUAGUUGGGAUGCCAACUAUAUGUUGAGCUCAUUCCAAAGCUCUCUUCCUUCUGCAACUCUUAUUAUACAAAGACACCUUGCAUAGGAAAAGAGUUGAGUGAGCCUACAGAUUGGGAACUGCUGUUCAGUGUUGAUUUUCCCCCUAACAAAUUUAAAUGUUAAAACAUUUUUUAAAAUAAUUUUAUAAGUUAUGCGAGGCUAAGACAUUAUAGCCUGGUCAUGAUGGCUGCGUAUAUCUCUAAUAUUUUGGGCUUGCCGAUUGGAAGGUCGGCGGUUCAAAUCCCCGCGACGGGGUGAGCUCCCAUUGCUCUGUCCCAGCUCCUGCCAACCUAGCAGUUCGAAAGUACGUCAGUGCAAGUAGAUAAAUAGGUACCGCUGCGGCGGGAAGGUAAACAGCAUUUCCGUACUCUCUGGUUUCCGUCAUGGUGUCCCGUUGCACCAGAAGCAGUUUAGUCCUGCUGGCCACAUGACCCGGAAAGCUGUCUGUGGACAAACGCUGGCUCCCUUGGCCUGAAAGCGAGAUGAGCGCCGCAACCCCAUAGUCGCCUUUGACUGGACUUAACCGUCCAGGGGUCCUUUACCUUUUUUUUUUAACCUGCUGGGGAUGAUGAGCUGGAGAGUGCUAUUGUGCUCAUGUUCUCAUGGGCUUGUCAUGAGCAUCUGGUUAGUCACUGUGAACAAAGAAUGCUAGACCAGACAGGCCUUUGAUGUGAUCCUGUUGGGCUUUUCUUAUGUUCUUCUCGUGUUUUUAACAAACAAGGCAGGGUCCAGGUUCCAUGUAAAGCAGAGAUAAGGCAAAUCCAGCACUGUGGAGACAUCUGGGGUCAGUCCUGAUGUUUCUUCUGAAUAGGACUUAGGUAAUUGGGAGCCAAUGAUUUAUAGCAUUGCUCAGAAUCUAAUUUUUUUGUUUCUCCAGUGUAAGUAACAAUGCCAUUUUCCUAUCAUGCGCAUUAUCGGCCAGUAAUACACCUGAAUUUUGUCCUGCAUAGAAUCAUAGAAUUGUAGAUUUGGAAGGGACCCUAAGUAAAACCCCUUGCAAUGCAGGAAUAUGCAGCUGUCCCAAAUGCAUUUUUUAAAGCAGAUCAUUCUUUCUCAACUUUAUUGGACACUGUAGGAUCUAGAAGAGGAGAUGGAUAAGAAGGACAGAAUAAUAAAGAAACUUGAGGAUCAGAUCAAGACCCUUAGAAAGUCUAUAGAAACAGGUGAGGGCAUUAAAUAUAUUCUUUAAAACUGUUUGAAUGUGUGCUUCUUUGGAAACUACAUGGAAGAUGAGACCAACAUUAUGGUAAUAAUUAUGAGAGUUCAUAGGAUCAAACUCAUCGUGCAGUGCUGCCUGUUCACUGAAAUCCUGCUGCAAAAGACUGCCGUAGAAUACUAGAAGCAUGGGGCUAAGACAUUGGUGGCUAACUUUUGCGGGGGUAUGUUCAUCUUUGGUGAAUGGGGGUGGGGACACAGCUUUUGUGGGUGUGGCCAAAAGUGGGUACCUUUCUCUCCCUCCCUCCUUACCUCUCUCUCCCUCUCCCCCCCCCACAUACACCCCCCCUCCCAAGUCAUCAAAUGAUUGAUCUGAAAACUGAUGCACUGACCCAAACCAACAUGUUUAUGUACGAUCCUAGUUGGUAGUGGUGGUGGAUUUUUAUUUUGUAUUUUUUAAUAACUCUGUUCCAAAGCUUAACAGGCCAUGACUGCUGCAGAAAGCCUGAUCAUUUGUAUUAAAUAAUUUGUCACACACAGUGAUUUGUGUCAUGGAUCGUUCUUUCCAACCUUCUAAUACCAAUGUAGUAUUUUUCUGAAAGUAAAUAUAUAUUAAUGUUUAACAGCCCAUGAAGAACCCAUGUUGUCCAUGCCAAAAGAAUACAUUGGAAUGUUGCAGUACAGAAAGGAAGACGAAGGAAAAAUUGUUCAGAACCUGAUCCUUGGUACUGCCAUAACACUUUCAAUUUCACCUAAGUAUACUCAUAAGCAAUGCCAAAUAGUUGUUGCUGGAAGUUUUGGAGUUGUGGCCAGUAUUCAUGUUUUUUCUCCUUCCUAUCUUAUCUGUUUUCCUGAAAGCUCUAUGAUGCUUCUGUUUUAGAACGGCUGUGGGGGGAAAUGUGUGUGACAUAUUUGUGCUUUCUGUAACUUUCCUAAACUCUUCACUCUUGAGGCUAAAUACUUGGAAGACUCCAGGGUCAUGAGUUUGUUUUUUUCUUCUCAGAUCUACCAUUACUGUAAGUCACUAUCUCUGAAAUACAUCUUGAAGUUAAAACUGGUGUCACCUCUGCUGAAAUCUUUCCCUCUCACUGUGUUUUCACCAUUUCUGACUCAAAUGGCCUUCACAAACCGGGCCCAAAUAUACCAGGUCUGUGUUUAAUAUAUUUUUCUCUGCCUUUCUAGGGACUCUGUAACUACUGUGUCCCAUCCACAAUUUCCUCCUCAUCUCUCUAUUCUAUUGUUUUCCCAAACAUUUAUAAGGUCACAGAAUGUCCUCUGCAUGUUUCCCUCCUAUUUUUUCUUGGGAAGUUUGGGUUUCAUUUAUACCUGAGCAAACAACUGCAAUGUUUUGCUUCUUUGCAAUUCACUUCCUAUUCAUUUUCAAUCUGUAAAUCUCCUCAGUAAUCCACGUUAAUAUUUUGGGUUUUUGUGAGCUUUCGCUAACACAAUUACUCACUUUGAAGAGUCUAUAUUUUCACUACAGCUUUUUUGUGAUAUGUUUUCAGGCAAGCUAAAUACAUAGCUUCUUUAAGACAACUUUGCUAUGUCUUGAAAGUCUUGUGCAUUGCUAAUAUCUGUGGCUACUUAUUCAGCCCUAGCCAGUUUCUCUGUGGUUUUUAGAGUGUGGUUAUCCAAAGUAAGUUCUUAUCAAGAGAAAUAAAUUGCAAAAUGAAAGCAAGUAGCUUGUGCUAAUUUUCUUAUUUCUCGGUCCUUUGUGCAUAUUUUUUAAUUGUAGAGAUCCAAAAUAAUACGAUUCAGGAACAGGAUGAGAUUUUGGGGGAAGAAAUGCAUAUGGUUACAAUUUCAUUUCUUUUAAAAAGAAUGGCUAACCUAUAGAAUUUAUUUAGUGCUCACUAAAUAAUCAACACCGUUUGAUUCUUGGUUUCAUGCAGAACUGAAGCCCCGUGGAGUGGUGGUAAAUAUGAUACCAGGACUUCCAGCUCACAUCCUCUUCAUGUGUGUGAGAUAUGCAGAUUAUCUGAACGAUGACGGCAUGCUGAAAUCCUUCAUGAAUAUGUCAAUCAAUAGUAUCAAACAAGUAAUUAAGGUAGGAACAUUUUGCAUGCAGUCUGCUUUCUUUCUGUACAGUUGGCAUAGCCCAACAGAAUGUUUUGCAGCUAUAGGUUGACUAAUGGAACGAUUCCCAUGCCAUGACUGCUUACCAGAGAAAUUGUGCUAUUCAAAUUGGUCAUUCACUCUUCUUUCUUGCUUGCAGAUAAUUCCAUUAAGUAGAACUCAAUAAAAUAUCUACCUGCAAAUUACAUAGUGCCAUAUCGUGUCACAAAUAUAAAGUAUAUGAUUGAAAGGAGUCAUUUCAUGGCUGCAAAGCAUUAUGUCAUAGCUGUCUUUAUUGCCGCCUGGUGUAGAUUUUAAACCUAGAUUUACAGGACUAGUGCAUUCAGAGCUUUGAUUAUGGUAUCAUGAAGGUCACAUGAAACAAAAAUAGCUGAGCAUGUUUCAUAGCUGAAUCUAUUCAUGGUCAGCUACUUAUGCAGGUUACGUAUGCAUAGUCAGCUGAGUUCCUGUGAUUUCCUGAUUUGGUUCUUUCAUGCUUAUUACGUCAGUUUGUGCCAUAAGUCCUUUCACCUUAAGUCUUGCAUCUCUCCUAUAAAGUUGCACACAUUGUGACUUCCCUGCUGGAAUAAACUUUACUUUCAUUUGCAGUCGCAGUGCCUGUUCUGGUUUUGCCAGAAGCGGCUUGGUCAUGCUGGCCACAUGACCUGGAAAAACUGUCUGCGGAUAAACGUUGGCUCCCUCGGCCAGUAAAGCGAGAUGAGCGCUGCAACCCCAGAGUCUUUCACGACUGGACUUAACUGCCAGGGGUCCUUUACCUUUUUUUAAGGCACAAGCUGUUUAUAUAAUAAUAAUAAUAAUAAUAAUAAUAAUUUAUUAUUUAUACCCCGCCCAUCUGGCUGAGUUUCCCCAGCCACUCUGGGCGGCUUCCAAUCAAGUGUUAAAAACAAUACAGCAUUAAAUAUUAAAAACUUCCCUAAACAGGGCUGCCUUCAGCUGUCUUUUAAAAAGACGAUAGCUGCUUAUUUCCUUCACAUCUGAAGGGAGGGCAUUCCACAGGGCGGGCGCCACUACUGAGAAGGCCCUCUGUCUGGUUCCCUGUAACCUCACUUCUCACAAUGAGGGAACCGCCAGAAGGCCCUCGGAGCUGGAUCUCAGUGUCCAGGCUGAACGAUUGGGGUGGAGACGCUCCUUCAGGUAUACAGGACCUGAAUUUUAUAUUGAGUUUAUAUAUUUUAUAUAAUUUUAUACUGAGUUUAUAUUGGCACAAGCUGUUUUACCUUUUUUUAAGGCACAAGCUGUUUAAAUUGUAACUGGAUUUGAGGUGUUUAAUUAGCAUUUAGUAGUAGACCUACUGCUGAGUAUCAGUAAUUGCAUGUGUAAAAGUUAAUUAAGUUAUGCACAGUUGUGUAUUAGGACUGUAAUCCCAGGCAAAUCAAUGGAAAAGGCUGAUUUCCUUGUGAAGUGGCCGGCUGGGGUUGGGAUAAGCCAUUAGGAGUUCAAAGGGGCUAGGUGUGAAGACUAAACUUUCAAGUAAUUUCCUUGAAGCAAUGAGUCUUUUCAUACAUCAAAGGAGGGAUCUUCCUCUGGGUACAAAGGACCAGAGCUUUGGGCUGCUGUGAUGUAGGGUUACCAAACGCCCCUGGUUCCCGGGGACAGUCCCCGGAUUUGCAAAUCUGUCCCCGGACAAAUUCCAUCCCCGGAAUGUCGCCAGAUUUGCUAAUCUGUCCCCGGGAAACAUGGCAGCGGCAGCCUUAGCAGCCCAGAGCCAGCUGGUUAGCACAGUUGGCUCUGGCUGGCUUCAGGAGCUGCUCACUGCUGUGGCGCCCGCCAUUUUUCCUGCGCCAUGGCAGCAAGCAGCUCCUGAAGCCAGCCAGAGCCAACUGCACCACCAGGCUGGCCCCUCCUGGGCAACGGCCGCCCGCCCGUGACUCCCAAGCCUCCCCUGAUCUGUCAAAACGAAGGGGGAAGGGGGAAGGAGAUGGGGGAAGGCUCGGGAGUCAUGGGUGUGCAGUGUGCCGUUGCCCAGUUUUUAAAAAAACUCUAUACAUUUCUGUUUUGCAGGGUGCAAAAGAAGGGUUUUUCAUCUUUAUACAAUAUGCAUGUGUGCUUGGGCCCAGGGUCUUUUGCCUCACCAUCCCCACUACUGACUCCCUGUUGCUACUCAGCUUCAAAAAAAUUCCCUGGAUUCAUUGAAAAAAAUCUGGUAACCAUAAUGUAACCAGGAAGCUUUGGGGUUAGGGUAAGCUGAAUGGGCCCUUCAGAGCCAGAGAUAGCUUGCAGAGAAAGGGAUGCUGCAGAGACAGAGCAGCACAUGAUGCUCUUAAUAUGAAAUAGGCUGGUGUGUUUUGGGGUGCUGCUGCUAUGAGCCCCUCCAUAAGUAGACUCAGGCUGCCUAUGUAUGUAAAGAAACCAGAUAUGUAAUAAAGAGACUAACCUCCGUUGUGCAUAAUUUUCUGACUUCUCAUGCAACCGCUUGCGAAGAUUGAGGUGGUGUGGGUAAAUAUAUGAAAUAUAAAUUAAGCAAACGCAGUGUCUUAAUGUUUAGGAACAUGUUGAAGACUUUGAGAUGUUGUCCUUCUGGCUUUCAAACACAUGCCAUUUUCUUAACUGUCUGAAACAGUACAGUGGAGAAGAGGUAAGAAUAAUUUCACGCUCCCUAUAAAAUAGUUGAACAUUGCAAUACAGUUCAUGAUUAAAAUUUUUUUUGGCAAGUAUCACCUAUUGGAACCAACUUUCACAGAAGACCUAGAAACCACAUCCUUGUAGUCCAUAGCCUUGUGAAUCCAUACCUGAAAGGUUUGGGCCUAGCCUGAGUUAUCUCUUGUAUCCUGCACAUUGUGAACAUGCCCUUUCUCUUGUCAAGAUCCACCAUGGGUUGGACAACAGGUCUUGAAAUUAAAAUUACUACUAGCAUUAGGUAAAAAUAUUUGCAUGUAUACUUAUUAACAGAUUGCAUGAAUAGCCUUUUGCUCUUCUGAAUAUAUGUUUGUUUUUGCACUACUCUACUCAAUAUGCAGAAGUAUAAAACCUGUAUUAUGGUCUUAAAUGGCACAUGUUUAUACAUCUGAUUUUCAGGAAUUUAUGAAGCACAAUACUCCACAACAAAAUAAGAACAAUCUGAAGCACUUUGACCUGUUGGAAUACAGGCAGGUUCUUAGUGAUCUAGCCAUUCGUAUUUAUCAUCAGUUUAUCAUUGUAAUGGAGAACAAUAUUCAGCCAAUGAUAGGUAAGAAAUAAAUGCUGAUAGCAACACACAUUCCAAGCUAUUUCUAAACCUUGUGCAUGGCUAAAACGAUAUAGGAAUGAAUUAUUAGUAUUUUCUUGUUUCUUUGUGCAUGUCUGAAAAGUCUAUUUACAUGUAUUCGUGGCUGAAAUCUUAUGUACAUUUCCCUGGGAGUAAGCACCACUGAACAGAGUGAGACUUCUGAAUAGAGGUGCAUAGGAUUCAUCAAGACUAAAAACUAGCUGAUUCCUUCAGUUCUAACUAUCAGUUGAACCACUAUGAUAUUGAAUUUUCAGGAACUCUCUAGCUGUGCUGCUGGGGAAAACAUUCAGCAAUCAAAUGAUGCAAAAACUGCAACUUGUUUUAAAGAGAAACCUGUGGUGGUAUGAUAGCAGCCUCUGCCAGCAGGCAUGGAAAAGACCUUCUGCUAUUUGCAUAGCUAUCUCCUUCUCCCAAACCUAGGGGUGUUUCCCUUCGCUCCCAAGGAAAAGCAUAAGGUAUAGGGACCCCUGACCGUUAAGUCCUGUUGCAGAUGACUCUGGGGUUGUGGCGCUGAUCUUGCUUUACUGGCCAAGGGAGCUGGCGUUUGUCCGCAGACAGCUUCCGGGUCAUGUGGCCAGCAUGACUAAGCAACUUCUGGUGAAGCAGAGCAGCGCACGGAAACAACGUUUACCUUCCCACUGGACUAGUACAUAUUAAUCUACUUGCACUGUGCUUUUGAACAGCAGUUCAAAAGGUUGGCAGGAGCUGGGACUGAACAAUGGGAUCUCACCCCGUCGCGGGGAUUCGAACCGCCAACCUUCUGAUCAGCAAGUCCUAGGCUCUGUGGUUUAGACCACAGCACCACACGCACCCCACCAUUCCAAGCAUACUAGGGCCCCAAACCGCCAUUCAAAUUCUUGAACAGUAGUUUUCAGUGCAUCAUGCAGGAAUGAGGUCAGACACUGCCUCUCUGAGACACUGCCCACCCCCAAAAGAGAAUGCUAAAGUGAAUACCAUGAACUCUAUUGUCAGGAUUCAAGAAACCAUCAAAGGCUUGGAACAUACUCAUGCUAAUAUCUGUUUAAGUGAUAAUCAGAUUCUGUGCACGGAUUUGUUUUUUCUUUUUCUUUUAAUUGCUUAAAUACGAAUAAAAGUGUGGUGCAAAGGGUCGGCGCAUCCAACUGUUAUAACCAGAAGGUUGGUAGUGUGAGCCCACCCAGGGAUGGCUAUGGGCAGGAUUCCUGCAUUACCUGGGGUUGGACUAGAUGACCCUUGUGGUCCCAACUCUACAGUUUUAUGAUUCUAUGAAUAUAUAUUACACAGAUGAGUAAGAAUAUGGACUUUGAAUACAUAUAUCAAGAGAGCAUUUUUUUUGUUUUGUAAAAUAAAAUACUGCUACAAAUAUAUGCAUUUAGCAGGUUAAACACCAUAAAUGCAAAGAAAAUUAUUCCUAAACUUAUUCAGUUUAUUUCUCCCGCAGUAGCAUAUAUGGGUUUAUAUCAUCCUACACUCUGUCAUUCCAGUGUACUUGAGAGUCCGGUCACACACACACACACAUAUGUAUGUGUGUGUGUGUGUGUGUGUGUAAUAUAUACACCAGUCAAAAGAUUGCAUUAUCAGUUUGUAUGAAUGCAGGUGCAGUUCUGUGAAUAAUGCAGUUGGAGAAGAGACAUUCUGAAUCUGCUUCAAGGACUGCCUUGCUGAAUUUCUCAGCAUUUGUUUUUCCGCUAUAACCUCAGUGUUCACUGAAUAAUGGAAAUCUCAAAACGUAGCCCACCCAAAUGCCCUUCUUUAUUGCAUUACUGCAAUAAUAAGUAAGCUGGUAUUUAAAACCUUUAAACAGCACGACUGCUUUCCAGAGCCAAAUAGCAGUGAUAAAGGAACUUUAUUUAUUUAUAUUUUCUUCUUGCUUGCUGUGUUAUCUUUUCCAGUGCCGGGAAUGCUGGAGUAUGAAAGCCUCCAGGGGAUUUCUGGCUUAAAACCGACUGGAUUCCGCAAGCGCUCCUCCAGCAUAGACGACACAGAUGCCUACACCAUGACCUCCAUCCUGCAACAGCUCAGCUAUUUUUAUACCACAAUGUGUCAGAAUGGCUUGGACUCAGAGCUCCUAAAGCAGGCCGUGAAGCAGCUUUUCUUUCUGAUUGGAGCAGUUACCCUUAACAGUCUAUUCCUUCGCAAGGAUAUGUGCUCUUGUCGAAAGGGGAUGCAGAUAAGGUGAAUAAUAAGAAUAAGCUUAAGAUUAAGAAUAGAACAUGUCAGUUAAGAAAAGAAAAAUCUCCAUGGUUAUGUUAUAGCAACCAAAAUACAAUUAAAAAUCAAAUGGCAUAAAGCAUAUCUGCAGAUCGGAAAAAGCAGCAGAAACCUACAGGAUAAACAAAAUUUAGGCUGCAAUCCUAUAGCCACUAACUCUGGGAGUGAAUGCCUUUAACUGAAUGGGGGUUACUUCUGCAUAGAUGCAUAGAGCCAGGGCACUCAAAAAAAUAAUUGUAUGGUGGCUAAAAGUCAGCAGGGAGUCCACAGUAUGCAUUCUAUUGUCCAUCACUGAUUCCUUUUUUGAAUAUUAUUGUAUUAAAAGACUUAGGUAAAGGUACCCCUGCCCGUACGGGCCAGUCUUGACAGACUCUAAGGUUGUGCGCUCAUCUCACACUAGAGGCCGGGAGCCAGCGCUGUCCACAGACACUUCCGGGUCAUGUGGCCAGCGUGAUGAAGCUGCUUCAGCGAACCGGCACCAGAGCAGCACACGGAAACGCCAUUUACCUUCCCGCUAUAAAGCGGUACCUAUUUAUCUACUUGCACUUAAGGGUGCUUUCGAACUGCUAGGUGGGCAGGAGCUGGGACCGAACGACGGGAGCUCACCCCGCCGCGGGGAUUCGAACCACCGACCAUGCGAUCGGCAAGUCCUAGGCGCUGAGGUUUUACCCACAGCGCCACCCGCGUCCCAAGACUUACAUCUUGAUAAAGUCUUGCACAGUGUAUAGGGCAAGUGUUCCUAUGCUAAGGUCACCAGAUUUUUUUCAUUGAAUCUGGGGACACUUUUCAACUUCAAAGGAUUUUGUAUGGGGACUGAUUAGUAAAUCCAGGGACUGUCACCGGGAAACGGGGACAUCUGGUAACCUUAUCCUAUGCUGACGUAGGAGCAUGAUCAUAAAGAAACAUUUUGAAAAGAACUUUCCAAAUUUUAUGAAAUGGGGGGGAGAGCAAUCUAAAAUGGGAAAAAUCACGUUGUUUUAUAAAUGGAAUAUUAUUACAUUCCCAUAUUUGCAUGGCAUACAUUUUACCCUGCCAUAGCACAUUGCUCUGGGGCAGCAACUUGUGUUACCAGCUUCUGAACAAAAGGGAGUUUAAACCAAAUUAUCUUUUCCUUCCCUAGGUGUAAUAUCAGCUAUCUCGAAGAGUGGCUUAAGCAGAAGAAUCUGCAGAGCAGCUCUGCCAAGGAGACGUUGGAACCUCUUUCCCAAGCAGCUUGGCUCCUUCAGGUGAAAAAGACCACAGAUGAGGAUGCCAAAGAGAUUUAUGAACGCUGCACAUCCCUCACUGCUGUGCAGGUACUUAAACCUAGGGUCUUCCUCCCUUGCUUGGUAGAUUCCUAAAAUAUCAGUUUAUGAAACUGCCCUGGCUAUACAGACAGUCUUAUUUAAUACCUGGUAAGCAUUGUGCAAGGGACGUGGGUGGCGCUGUGGGUUAAACCACAGAAUCUAGGACUUGCUGAUCAGAAGGUCGGCAGUUUGAAUCCCUGCGACGGGGUGACCUCCCGUUGCUCAGUCCCGGCUCCUGCCAACCUAGCAGUUUGAAAGCACGUAAAAGUGCAAGUAGAUAAAUAGGUACCGCUCCAGCGGGAAGGUAAACAGCGUUUCCGUGCACUGCUCUGGUUUGCCAGAAGCGGCUUAGUCAUGCUGGCCACAUGACCUAGAAGCUGUACACUGGCUCCCUCGGCCAGUAAAGCGAGAUGAGCGCCGCAACCCCAGAGUCGGUCACGACUGGACCUAAUGGUCAGGGAUCCCUUUACCUUAAGCAUUGUGCAAGCAAGCACAGUUGUGGUGAAAUGCCAUGCACCGCUUUUAAAGUGCAAGUCAUUUCAUUAAAAUUGCUUUAUUACCUGUCUUUCUGUCUUUCCUCCACCCUCUUUUUUCUGGAUUUUCUUUUUUCAUAAUUGCAAAUUUCCUAUGCUGUUGUCGUCUCCAUCCUCUGUGUCCCCAUAUUAUUCCUUCGAUUGUAACAGGGUUUCUCUUUUUUGCUCAAUUUCCAAUUCGCUGUGUCAGCCCCUCCUGACACCUCCCUUUCCCCUUGAUGUUUUUCCAUUCUGCUGCCCGGGGGGGGGGGCGUAACCUCUAUACAUAUUUCAGUUAUGACUGUAGAAUCAUUACAGUUUUUACUUGUAUCGGAAGUAUUCAUGAAUUUCUUUAAAUCGUCCCUACAGAUAGUAAAAAUCCUCAACUCCUACACACCUAUAGAUGAUUUUGAGAAAAGGGUGACUCCAUCAUUCGUUCGUAAAGUGCAGGUAUGAUUAUUAAAUCACAAUCUCAUUCAGAAGACAUGUGCUUUCUUUUUUAAAAAACCUGUUCCUGUUGGCAGCUUUAGCUCUUGUUACUUUAAUCUUUUCUCUCUUUAUUCUAAUUCUAGGCUAUGCUGAACAACAGAGAGAAUUCUCCGCUGUUGAUGCUAGAUACGAAAUAUCUCUUUCAAGUGACAUUUCCUUUCACCCCUUCGCCGCACGCUCUGGAAACGAUACAGAUCCCCAGCAGUUUCAAGCUUGGCUUUCUCACGAGAAUAUAACAUAUACAGUGGUGCCUCGGAAGUCGAUCGGAAUCCAUUCCGGAAAUCCGUUUGGCUUCCAGAACGUUCAGAAACCAAGGCGUGGCUUCUGAGUCACGUCGGAUGUUCAGGUUCCAAAGAACAUUCGCUAACUCACUUCCGGGUUUGCGGCGUUUGGGAGCCAAAACGUUCAACUCGCAAGGCGUUUGGGAUCCCAGAUACGACUGUAAACUAAAAAAGAAUCAAUCUCUUGAAGGAUAAAUGAACAUCCCUCAUCUAUGCGCUUCCUCAAUCACUGUGAAGUAGUGUUUCUUAGAAGAUAAAUUUUUGAAAAACAUUUGGAAAUCGGGGUGUAAGAAAUGGAUUGCUGCAUGUCCUAUGGCCCAUCCAAAUGCUUUUAAUCUUAUUCCCUUUUGUAGAUUGGACCUCAUUGUAGCUUACAGGUGCUCAGCACUGGGUUCCAGUCAUGUUGAAGGCACUGGGGCCAUGGUGGUUCUCUGUAUUACUAGAUAACUUUCUAUAAUGAAGGACUAACAAGAUAAUUCUUUGUAAUAUUUUACUGCGAUACAGUAUUUGUAACACUGUAAAUUUACAUGUCUGUAUAUGUAUGUUUUAUGGGAGCAUUCAUCUUGGUUAUUUAAUAAGUAUGCAUAUAAAUGAUAAGACAAAAUAGAUGGCGGUUAUACCAUGAUUUUUAUUGUGUCAGAUUAUUGUUACAUAUCUGGGUUCACACUCAAAAAACUCAGGGAAGGGAGGGAAGCUUGCUAAGAUUUAUUCAUUUGUUGCAAAAACAAAUCCAAAAUAGGUAUCAUAUUCCCAGAUGAAUGUCAGGUGUGUUUCCACACUAAUAAUUUUUUAGUGACACAGCUCACCAACACAUUUAUUCUGAAGAAUCCAGAUGUCAUUUCUACGAAGCUGUUGCAUUCUGACUUUUCCAGUGUCAAGGUUGUCGUCGUCGUUUUAUAAAAUUAUUAUUAUUAUUAUUUAA